GGUUUACUCCGGGUGCUCCGGUUUCCUCCCACAUCCCAACGACCCCUUACAAAAAAAAAGAAUUUAAAACCGGCUUAACUACAAAAUAAAAAUCAAUCAAAUAUAAAUUUCUUCUUUACAAUGGUUUUCUCUCGUUAUAAAUAAUUAAUUAUUGUUACACUGGUUUAAGCAUCCUUAUUUGGCUAUCUAGCAUACUGCAGUCCAGCAUUUUUAUCUAAAACCUGCAAAACCAACAUGUGGGCAAUAAUACAACCCGUUUGAAUUAUUUGCAUUAGGGACCUCCCUAACUUAAAGACCUUGACAGAUAGGACCUCUUGUCUCAUACUUGGUGUUAUUUGCUCAGGACGUCCAGGGGUGCAGAAGUUUGUGUCCCAACCCCUUAAAAAAAAAUCAAAAAAGGCCAAACUACUAAAUUAAAAAAAGGCCAAACUGCAAAAUAAAAAUUAAUCAAAUAUAAAUUUCUUCCUAACAAUGUUUUUUUCUCAUUAUCAUUAGUUAUUGUUAAACUGGUUUAAGUGUUCAUGUUUCUGGGAAGUGAAGGUAUCAUAUAUACGCUGAUGAACAGCUCCGUUGACAAAUGGCUAUCUAGCAUACUGCAGUCCUGCAUUUUGAAUCUAAAACCUACAAACCAUCAUGCGGGCAAUAAAACAACUUGUCUGAAUUAUUUGCAUUAGGGACCUCCCUAACUUAAAGACCUUGACAGACAGGACCUCUUGUCUCAUACUUGGUGUUAUGUGCUCAGGAUGUCCAGGGGUGCAGGAGGUUGUGUCCCAACCCCGUAAAAAAAAUAAAAAAAGGCCAAACUACAAAAUAAAAAUCAUUCAAAUAUAAAUUUCUUCCUAACAAUGGUUUUCUCUUUUUAUAGUUAGUUAUUGUUAUACUGGUUUAAGUGUUCAUGUUUCUCUGAAGUGAAGUUUUAACAAGGUAUCAAAUUUACGCUGAUGAUGGCAGUCACUGAAGCACAGCAAUAGAUGGUGCUGUUCUGCAUUCUCAAGUUACUAUGGUUGGAUUCUGCAGACUGCAGAAAUCUGUUUUACUAUUUGUACAUUUAAUGGGAACAUUGUUACACAUUAUUUUAAGGCAUUUGUUUUUCAAAUUCUAUUAUUCUUAUCAGUUCUGUUUAUUCACAUGUCUAUUAGACAAUUUGUACAUUAAUCCAACUAAUUUACCUUCAGCUAUAUUACAAUUCUUCCAUUCAUACAAUUUCUUCCUCAUUUUCUGCAAGGAAAUGCAAUUUUUCUAGUUAUUUUAGAUACUCCUGUGGUGAUUUUUACGAGUUAUGUGUUAUAAUCAUCAAAAUCAAAACAAACCAAAAAAAGGGGGAAUUUUCCCAAUUGUCACGGAUAUUAUUGGAAACUGUACCUUCUUGAGUUACAUAAUGGCAAUUAUUGAACUUUUCAAUAACAUAUAAAAGGUAAUACUUUAUUUACACGCAUCUGUGUACAGCUGAAGACAUAUUUAAGGAUUUUUAAACCCGUGGACAAAGUGUGUAUUCUAAUUGUAGUCCCAUUAAGUACUCCAGUAAUCUGUGAUCAGCAAAAUCUGCCUCUGGAUUAGGUUGAAACCAGGUCUAAAGUAAUCUGGAUAGCCUGAUUCUACAGGGUAAGAACGUGGAUUUGCAAAAUUGGUCAAUCUUAUCAUUUCAAUUUUUGAAUGGCUGAAUAGAUUGGAUUUAUGUGAAUCGCAGUCUCACACACUCAGAUUCCCAUAACCAACAGCAGGCGGAAAUGCAACACUUUGGAUGCCAACCGAGAGAAACCACCGAAGAAGAGGGAGAAGAAGGAGGUGGUGGUGGAGGAGGAGGAGGAGGAGGUCCGUGUUGCUCCCUCCCCUCAGUCUGUGAAGAAGAGUUCCGGUGGUGUGUCAUGGCGGUGGCAUGGUGAAUCCUGCAGAAAGAGAAAAAUCCUCUCCCGUCCAUCCAGGACAGAUUUUCAUGCAGAAAUAAGCCCGUCAGCUGCGGAUCGUUCCCCGGAUCCCCCCGCGCGGACAUGGCGGCUCACAAACCGGUGGAGUGGGUCCAGGCCGUGAUCAGCAGGUUCGAUGAGCAGGUAAGAGGGCUGAUUCAGGGGAGGGGUGCAGCAGGCUCCGGUGGUCUCCAGGCCCCGGAGCUGGAGCUAACCUUACACCGUUCCCGAUUAUCGCUGUGAAAGGCCGGAUAAACAGGAAUAAUCCCCGUAAGGAGAACUUAAACCGGCUUUUAUGAGCUGCUGCUGAACUCUGAAGAUGGACUCUCUUUAAAGCUAGCGCCGUCUUUACGUCCAAUUAGCUGUUUUAUCCCACUCCUGCCCCCGGAUUUAAACUCGUAUAACCCGUCAGUUUAUUUGAAAUACACCAAGAACUAUCACAUCAUCAACAUUUACAUACUUAAACCAUGCCUGUUAGUGAGUUAAAGCUCUGAAUAUAGCGCUGAGGGUUCUUGUCUGCUAGCUGGCUAACAUUAGCAUCAGGCCUAGCCUUCUAAUGUAAACAAAUAAGAUGAGUCUGGGUUAGCAUCAGGGGUGUGUCCAGGACGGUGGCGAGGGGUGGCAUGGCCCAAACUGUAAAUCCUUUUGGCCACCCGAUGUGCCACCCCAGAAUCUUUAUCAAUGAUUGGUUAUUGCCCUUAUCAGAGGCGGGACAGGGGUUGAAAUUAUCUGCUCUGACUUUAUUAAAACAGGCUGCAAGUAACUUUCUUGGUAUAUAUUUGUGGCACAUUUUAUUUCGUAGUUGCGUCAAAUAAUAGAAAAACACUUCAACUUGGAUUUAUCAGUCUGUUCAAAACUAUAGGCAACCCUUAAACACUAACUGUCAAAAAUACAAUAAAAUGUUUCAGUGCUUAAACACUCUUGUUGAUUUUUUUUUCUUUCUGAAAAACAGUUGCAGUUUUUAAGUUUUGACUGGUUGUAUUUUUUUCACAAGAUAAAUCAUUCCUGCUUCCCUUUGUUCACUUAAAACUCCGAUGUGGAGUCUCUAACCAGUUCUGAAACAGACAGAAGUUGAUACUGAUGCCUCAUUGUGUGCCACGAGAACAAACCAGACCAUCAGCAACAUGAUGAGUUAUUUUUCUAAUGCUUGUAACCUCUUAAGCAGGCAGCUGUCAGACAAAGUGAAUUACAGUACACUAUGUAAACAAACUUAGUCUACACUUUCUACAUCAGAGAUUCUCUUUGAGUAUAAUAACUGUAAUUUAAAAAAAAAACAGAUGAAGGAUAUUUCUGAAAUCAGAAAACCAUACUUAUGCGUACAAGAAAAUGUCAGCAAAGAAACAGAGGUAUUGCUUUGUCCUCAGGGGUUGCCGAAAUCAACGUACAACCUAAAAAGUCUCUGACAGGGACCAACUCAGUUUGGUCUGACACAACAUUAUGUGUUAGUUGCAUGUAAGGAGAAAGAGUGGUGGGAGUUACCAGAGCUCUGCUUGUCAAUGUGAUCAAAUAUAGGUUGCAUGCAGGAAACAGAUUGCUUUACUUUUUGUGGUUCCAGCGGUUAUUUACAUUCGCUCAUAAUAACACCACACUAGGUUACUCAGGGCUGGCUUCAGACAUUUUGGUGCAAUAUGUGAGAUAAGUAUUUGCCCUUGAUACACAUACUACUUUACUCACACACUUGAUCAACAGUGUCUCAUUAAAUCUUGAAUAACUUUAACUCAAUGCAUCUAAAGUUUCUCAUUGACAAUCUCACAUUAUGUUUUUCAUCAAGUGUCACAGAGUAAUUUAUUACAAUUCUUAUUCAACCAUCCUUUUAUUUCAUUUCUUGGUAUGGAGGUAUGAGAAAUCUCCCCCAAGACCUGUCACUGAUAAGCAGUCUCUAUUUAAUGGCUAUUUAAACUUUCUAUGAAUCAUGUUUUCAUUUGGAGUGCAUGUAUUACUCAUUGACAGUUCAAAAUUGUUGCAUAUCUGCUUUAAGUAAGCAUUUAGUGACACGCGUUAACAAGUCAAAUCCAGUAAUGUUACCACUAGUUUUGUAGCAAUAAAAUGAGUUUUUCUCCAGACACACAUAUUUUACUGAUACAGUUCAUACCCUCCUCCUAUUUAACAAACCUCCCUUAUUGAACAGGUGCACUGACAAGUUGUGCAUGCACACUUUUUACCCCCCUUUCUUUGUAGACUUGAGAUGUGCUUCUCCACCUAAGCAUGAAUAAUGUUUUCUCUUGUCCCACUGCAGCUUUUCUUGACCAAAUUGUUUAUUGGUUAGCUGCACUGUUAAACUGUUGGUGAAACUGCACUGUGGUAAAUUUGAACCAUCUUUUCGAAAGUGAGAUUUUUCUAUUCUAGUCAAACGUCACCCCAGUCUGAUUGCAUGACUAUUUUCUGUUGUUUGAAGGAAUUUGUGUUGUAUUUGGCUCUGUGUCUCUUAAGGUGUUUGGGUCUUUGGAUCUGGUCUAAGUCUCAAAGGAUCAUGGAUUUUAGAUGGGUUUUAGUGGCUUAGCUUGGAUUACUACCACUGGCUUAAGGUGUUAUAUCCACGUCUUGGUUAUAGUUUGCCUAAUCCUCCUCUAAACCCCUCCGGUCAGUUUACUUACAGUUUAAUUCUUCUUUCAGGUUUCCUUUCGGUGUUUUAGAGCACAAAGAUAAAACAUGCUAAUGAAGUUUUGAGUAUAAAAGAAAUAAUUUAAUUUCAUAUUUGAUCAGAAAUCAUUAGAAGUUCUUGUUUGUUGAUUUUCAGGUUCUUAAUGGAUUUGCUCUGAUGAUAUGGGAAAGUUUUAUUUUUUUAGUAUUCAUCUCUUUUAUGAAACUCUGUCGACCCUUUUUAAUGACAGUUGUCUAACCUUUAUUGAUGAAGAAGAUCAUGAGAUGUGGUUGAAUACCUGGAAAUGCCAGGUAAAAGUGCACAGAUAAAUAUAUUAAUUGAGUCAUUGAUUGUAAGAAAAAAAUAUGCUGCUAAAUUUUCAAGCAUAUGUCAAAUAGGUGUUUCUUACUAAUUGUAAAACAAGAUUUUGCUUUUGGAUUUUUAUGUCUGUCAUUGAAGGAAAUGACUUUAGGUUUUGGUUUGGUGGUUUGACAUAAGAGGUUGCUUUAGACUUUCAGAAAGACUCAUCGAAAGCUCACAAGUAUUAUUGCUGGGUAAUAUAAUUAAUAAUGAAACUAACUGGCAGUUUCCCCUUCGGAAGUUACUCCCCCUCUCAGAAAAUUGUCACACAGUCAAAUUGAUGAGAAAAAGAUGAAUAUUUAUUCCUUUUUAAACAACAGGGGGCGCUAUCUGCCUUUGAUUUUUCACGAUUGAUUUUACAUCUCCUCUGUCUGUAGCUGUAUUUGACCUGCAUUUUCACCUUUCUAUUUAUUAAAAUACAUUGACAUUGUUUAACGAACUGUUUGACAAUCUCUCUCUCUCACUCUCUCUCUCUCUCUCUCUCUAUCGCUCUACUCUUGCUAAGUAGUGAUUCCUUAAAGGGAUAUUCCGGCAUAAAAUACAUUUAAGGUCAAACACCAUAACAUUGAGUUAGACACCCCCUUGAGAGAUGAAUGUUGUCGACUGCUUGCUUCUCUAGUUAAACCAACUUUAGUAAUGACUGCACGAUAGCAAUACACACCAAUCUAUGGAUCCACACACAAACGUCAACCAAAACGCCACUUUAUAGCCACAAAUAAUGCUCAGAACAGCACCUAACUUCAUUAACAGUAUAUAGGGUCCCAGCUCGUAGUAGUAGCCAUCAAAUCUCCUUUUAACUUUGCCUGAUUUUUUAGCAAAGAGACUAAACACAACUCACCUACUCUCUUCCAGCAGACGCUUGUUUGUAGGGAGACCUCGACCAGUCCAUCAUCGACUGACGCAGAGUGACUCGGCUAAAGGAAGAACAUUUAUGAUCAUUUCUUCAUGGAAAUGCAAUCAGACCAAAACGCUAAGGCAGCAGAACUACCGCGUCUGCAAAUGAUUAAUAUGGUGAUUAUUACUUCAAGGAAACGAUGAAGUAAUGAUCAUAAAUGUUCUUCCUUGAGCUGCGUCACCCCGCUGUAGUGGCUAUAGAGUGGUGUUUUGGUUGAGGUUUGUGUGUGGUUCAAUAGACCGCUGUGUAUUGCUAUCGUGCGGUCGUUACUAAAGUUGGUGUUACUUGAGAAGCAAGCGGCAACAUUCAUCUCUUGAGGGAGUGUCUAACUCGGUGUUAUGGUUUGUUUGACCCUAAAUUAAUUUUAUGCAGGAAUAUCCCGUUAAUACUGCUGGUAACAGAUAGAGAGAUGUAAUAGGCAAUACUGUGAGUCUGAGGAUGGAUCAGUUAUCUAUGUUGGGCAAUUAUCAGGGCUGAGAUUCAGUAUUUGGCGGAUUAUCUGUCUUGGCCUUUUAUUGUACCGAUGGCCAGUAAAAUCAAUAAGUAAAGGUGUGUUACUUGGCUCCACUACCGGUGUGUCUUUCACUCUGGCUCUGCUUUCUCGCAUCACUUUGUGUCAUAAUGUCCCGCCCACACCACGAUCUGAGUGGCUAGAUGUCACAGGAGUGUGUGACUCAAAUGCACUGUGAGUGUAAAUAGUUAAAUGUUAACUACUAAAGAAGAUGACAAAUGUUUCAGUUUGGAUUAAACUUUUACUAAAGUUUUGUGUAGUAAUUUGUAUGAACCAGAAAUGACUGGAAUUGGUUUCAGCCUCCAAAGUUUGUACCAGUCAACCCCUAGUUUCGAUACCACAGGAGCUUUUGUCUCUUCAGGGUGAGGUAAUACAUCUAGGAUUUGUGUAGCUUAUCCUUCCUUUAACUGUCAUCGUUUGUUACAGCUGUACGUCCGAUGUAGUGUUUGUUGAAGUGCCAUAGUACUGUACAGGUUUUCUGUUAAAAAACGUUUUUACUCAAUAGCUUUCAUGCAGCUUGUUUAUUCAAUAUAUUGUUAAGUUUAACAAUUUAUAAUGAAUUGAAAAAAACAAUUUUAAGGCCAUUCAGAAGUUAGUUAUGUCGCUCGACGCUCACAGGUACAAUGGGGUCCUGUCUCCAUGCUGCUACAGAUUCUGAUCCAAAUUAGAGACAGCACAGCAGCGUCAUGGUCCUCUUCCUGUUUAUGUUCUGGCUGCCAGUUCUGUCACAGCCAGAUCAUCUGCCAUAAAUGAUGUGAGUGUUCCUGACAGAACCCGAGGAAUGUGAGUCGUCCACUCACUGCUUUAAGACACUGAUGUGUCUGUUCAGCUGUGCAUUGUGGCUCAACAACAAGCCAGUUUCUAUAAAUGUCCAGGAAGUUUCAGACCAGUACACAGGACCGGGAUCAAGAUCUUUAGUGGCUCCAUAAAGUCUGGAUUAUUUCUGGAUUGAAAUUUACACCAACAGGGGUUUUACCUUAUAAAGAAAAGCCCUUACAAAUGAUUGGGACCUAAAAAAGAAAAUAUCAAACACAAUAAUCUUCAGAUAUCAGAAGAUAAAAAUAUUUAAUUUCAAUCCGUGUUAUGAUAAAAUCUGAAAUGUUACCGCUGGACACCACACUUGAGGUCGACACACCUGAGAUCUACACACCUGUACACAGCUGCCCACAUAGGUUUGUAUUCUGAAUUAAGAGGAUAGCCUUUGGAUAAAUUUAUUAGACAAAGAAACUAUAAGUUGUUGCACAACAACAAUCAAUCAUAAAACUGUCAACCAAUAAACCCGUUGAUCACAGUUUAUUUGGGUGAUUUUUAAAACAACAACAGAAAACGUUCAUGUUUUGCUGUAUGUGAAUACGAAUCAGCUUUAUCAGCAAAUUAUGAGUUAAAAUUUGUAUCUAAUUAAAAUCACUCUAACUGUACAGAUACAUGAACAAACAGACAGAACACAAGCCCUAAAAAUGGUCCAGGUUUAUAAAUUUAGAUACAAUAUAUGGAUAUUUUAAUAUCUCAAGUUUAUUAACUUUUUCAAAAAGAAAAAAAUAUUCUAUUGAGUCUAAGUUUACUUGAGGAGACCUCCCUGGAGAAUCAGAUGUUUGGUUUCUAGUGUACCUCUGCUAGAGGUCCAAUACCAGGUACAGUAUCCUCAGCAACUGUAAUCCUAAUUGGGAAAACCACUCUGAAUGUCUAAAGUUGAGUGUUUAAAAUGUUGCUGUUGUCCAUCCAGCAAUCCCAAACCAGAAGAGUCUUUUGUUUACCAACAUUUUUCUUAAAAAAUAGAAGUCACUUUUAUGUCGAAGAAGCUGGGAGCAGAAAACAGCUCAGUGGUUACCUAACUAGUCUCCAAUCUCAACAUCAGCUUCAAGAUGAUGGCUUCACUGUGUAGCUCUCACAGCAGCAGGGAAUGCCUUUGUGAAGUUGUUGAGUGAAAUAUAAAAAUUAUUUUUGGCAGCAGAAAGAGUUCAUUACAAAUAAAAAGUACCAUGAAUUGUGACAAUUAUGACGAUGUCAAAGUUUAACCCCUCCUGUCUCUGUCUCCCUUCAGCUCCCCAUUAAAGUGGGACACCAGAACACUCACACCAAAGUCAGCACAGAGCACAACAAGGAGUGUCUGAUCAACAUCUCCAAGUACAAGUUUUCCCUUGUCAUCAGCGGCCUCACCACCAUCCUCAAAAAUGUCAACAACAUGGUGAGUGUGUGACAUGAGGAUAUUGCAGCUCUGUCACUGGUGGACAUGGUCACUGGUUCAUCAGCCUUAUAUUGGUUUCCAGCUUGUUUACUUCUGUACACAGGGCUAGGGCCAGUCUUACUUUAGAAAGCAGUCAUUAGUUUGAAUAAGGGGUGCACUUGAUCAUAAAUCACAUGGUUUGAACUGAAGUAAGAAAAUAUCUUAUUUUUAUUAAUGAGAAAAUGACAAUAAAAGUUUAGAAAUACCCACCUGCCAAUAACCCUGAUGACUGUGUUUUUCAACAUGUAGCUGUAUAACUUUUGUCAUGUAGACAGCAGAGGAGCAGGAGACAGAGAAAAGCUAUAGCUACACCACAACCACAGUAUAAGUUCAGCAGACUUAUUUUUGAUUGGUGACUAUUUCAGUAAAAAUACCUUUUUACAGCCUCUAGGAUUCACUUGUGCAAAAUCUGCCUACAUGUGGUCUGUUUUUUGUAAUAUAUUAAUUCCAUUUUUUCAGUAUGUAUCAUUCAAAAUUUACAAAAAAGAAACCUGAAUGGUCUACAAGCCUGAACUGUUGAUGUUACACUUUGUCAAAAGUUGAAUGCAGCUUUGAGAUCUUGCAACUGUAAUGUAGGCAUCUGCCGUUGUGUUUAAGCUUGUUUUUCUUCUUUUUUAAUCCUCUACAUUAAAAUCUAGAUAAAUCACUAAACUUACUGUUCAUUUACUUGUCUACUAAAUAUCAGUGUUAAUUGUGGAACUUGAACUGAAUUUUAGCUCUUAAUCAUGAUGUAUUAUCUGUAAGAAGCUGUAUUAUUUCCAAGCUGUUACAGACCAGUUGGACCUCCAGGGUGUUUGAACUGAAUCUGAAGUUCUAAAUAUUUUUUCUGAAGUUUUUUUUCCCCCACAAAUCUUUGCUUUUGACCCCAUAAAUGUUUCCCUCUGUAAUUCCAAAGUAUUUCUCAUCCCUUAGUCUUAGUUUUGGUCUUGGUUUAUGAAGUUUGCCGCAAAAAUUGUGAAUUCUUGUUGACCUUACAUAAAGGAGGCCGCAGGGUCAUUCUUCCUCAAGUAGGUUUACAAAUUAUCGUGAUCACAGGUGCUGUUAUUUUGAGGUAAACAACAGAAAAAGCAGAUCUCUCUCUCCUGAUCCUGAGUGAAUGAUAUUUUGUUGUCCUCACAGCGGAUAUUUGGAGAAGCUUCUGAGAAGAACCUCUACCUCUCUCAGCUCAUCAUCCUGGACACUCUGGGGAAGUGUUUGGCUGGGGUGAGUCCAAACUCCAUGCUCUCUCAUUUACAACAACAAAAAAAGAAAGUUUGUAAAAGAUUAAUUCUUUGAGAUAAAAUGAAAAUCAGAGAUCCAUGACUUCAUGACAAACCCUUGUGUGAGUUGUGCUCCCUUCCAUUCAUGUGCAAAGACUCAGUAUCUCUGCUGCUCAGAGACACAAACCUCUGUUAAAGCACUUACCCAACAUCAAUCACUCCUCCUCCCCAUCCUCAUCCCCCUCCUCUCCGAGAGUCCCUCUGUGAACCAGCAGGCCCAGAUUACAUUUGCAGACGUUAACUGGGACCCAAUGGGACCUGAUCUCAGCUUCCUGUCCAGGUUUUUCGUUGUUAGUUUUAAGAAAGAGGACAGGUACUUUUCUGUGUCUGUGGUUUUUCAAUUCAUAAGAAAACUGCUUUAAGACACAGCGGACGCUCCAACAUGAUUCCACUUUGUGUGGGUUUUAUAACAUGAGCUGUGGUUGUAAAUUUGAUUGCACUGGAACCUUUAGAACUUAGAUACCAAAAUAUUGAUAAAACAACAAAACUGGACUUUGCACCACUUUAUUGCGUUACAGAAGUCUGAACUCUGAAGAAACAAAUUCAUCCGAACUUCAAUAGGAGUUUUUAUUUAAGAAAUGUUCAGAUCAUAUUUCUACCUCCUGAUACUGGUGCUGUAUCAACCAAAAACCAUCACUGUACAGAGUACUACUGUCCUGACACCAGUGCCAGUCUUGAGCAAGAAGUUUACACGUAUGUGAUUUAACUCAUCAGCUGUGUUGUUUUCUCACAUGAUAUGACUCAAAAACACGAAACCUCUGCAUCCCGCCCACCCCUGCAAAUAAAUUAUUGUGCUUUCUUUCCCAAUUAGAUUUUUGUCAGAUCUAGGCUUAUCCCCUUUCUCGCCGACCAAGUGACUGGAGGGUGUCAGCCUCAUAUGACUCCCUGAAAACCAUGUUCGACAGAAAUUAUUUCACAUUUAUUUAGAUUUUUUUGGUUUAGAACUGUUAAAAUGGACUAAGUGAUGGUUCAAUUGGGCUUUGUGAAAAGUACUGCAACCAGUCAGUAGGGGGAGCAUUGACUUUACUUUGGCAGAGCUCGUGUGUCAAUUUUUUUAAAUACAAACUCUGAUUUUAAAACCAUGUUGUUGUUUUUUUUCUCUUUCUUAGCAAUCCAAGGACUGCCUGCGUCUAGACGAGACGAUGCUGGUCAAACAGCUACUUCCAGAGAUCUGCCAUUUCAUCCACACAUACCGGGAGGGGCACCAGCAUGCCGCCGAGCUCCGGGUCUCCGCCUCAGCUGUCCUCUUUUCUCUGAGCUGCAACAACUUCAACGCUGUCUUCAGUCGAAUCUCCACCAGGUAACCACUCGUUUUAAACUCGUCUUAAAUGAAGUGUUAUUGUAAGGGUUACGAUGAAGUUUGGUUUCUGGGUCUGUUUGAGUGCAUUCGAAACAGCAGAGUCAUGUGUGCUUCUGUGUUUCUUUAGGCUGCAGGAGUUGACAGUUUGCCCUGAGGACAACGUGGAUGUUCACGACAUUGAGCUGAUGCAGUACAUUAACGUGGACUGCUCCAAGCUGAAGAGGCUGCUGCAAGGUCAGCUCGUGUUAAAAUCACAAGUUUAUUUUAUUACAGUCGACUACUAAAAUCUAAGACAGACAAACUUUGAGAUGGUUUUAGUUUCAUAUUACAAGUUCAUGCACAUUUCCCCACACAUAAACAAGUGUGAAUAAAGAUAGGUAAAGAGCUCAGAUACGCUUCAGAUGGGUCACAUGUGAUUUCUAAGCUAUCUUUAGUUUGUUCUUUACACUCAAAAUAAGAUCAAGUUUGGAUUGGGGUUUGCAAUGUGUUUGUACUUUGUUUUUCCAGAAACUGUGCUGAAGUUCAGAGCUCUGAAGAAACCUGCCCAGCUCGCCGUCAUCAACAGUUUAGAGAAGGUAUAUGAGCUAAACUUUAACAUUAAUUCAUAAAUAAUAGUUUUUGAAAAUAUGGCAGUAAUAUGCAAUGAAAGUUUGUCUUAAGUUCCGCAGAGGUCAUGUGUUUCUUUUUUUUUCUUACUGUUCUCAGGCGUUUUGGAACUGGGUGGAGAAUUACCCUGACGAGUUCACUAUGCUAUACCAGAGACCGCAGGCUGACAUGGCUGGUAUGAGUGCACUGAAAACACAUUCAAUGCAGUAGUCUGACUAUUGUGUGUAUGCAGAUAUUCAGUUUACAAUGCAUGUUUCUGAUUUAAUUUAGACUUUGUCUGCUUUGCUCCCAUAGUCAGCUUCCUAGAAUCAUAACCACAACAUAAAAAAGAAAUAUACACUUGAUAAAAAAUACAGAUCUUCUUAAUAACUAAAUGUGACUCUUUAUUAAGUCACAGGAUAUGGUGUUUUUUUUUUAAUUUUGCUCAUUGCUCUUGUUGCGUGAGGAGCAUGUAUGCAUGUAUAACUUUAAUUUAUUGUUGAACCUAGUUUAACCAGCUAGUUGUAAAGAGAUGAAAUUGAUUCAAGUAUCCCCCAGUGGGACGUUGUUUUUAUAAUCCUGCUAACAGAGACUAAGUUAGCUUAGCCUAAGUUUGGUUAAAGUUUGCAACUAAAAGCAUGGACAGAAAUAGAAAAAUGAAUUAAAAAAAAAAGGCAGGUUUAAUUUAUUUUUUACUGCACUCUGUUAUUUUAAAUUUUUGACAACAGGACAGUUUGUAAGAUAAAGUUUUGGUGUGUGUGCAGAAGCUGCAGAGAAGCUGUUCGACCUGGUGGACAGCUUUGCAGAAAGCGCAAAGAGGAAGGCAGCCGUGUGGCCUCUACAGAUCAUCCUCCUCAUCCUCUGUCCAGAGAUCACACACACCAUCUCCAAAGACACAGUGGACGACAGCAAGGCCAACAAGGUGGAUAUUAUGAACACACUUACACACACUUUUAAACUUAACACACACUGAAAGCAGAGGUCGACUCCGGGUUUCUCACUCUCUCUCCUCUCUGCUCUUGUCUGGUUCCAGAAACUGUUCCUGGACAGUCUUCGUAAAGCUUUAUCAGGUCAGGGAGGAAGUAAACAGCUGAUGGAGAGCGCCGCCAUCGCCUGUGUCAAACUGUGCAAAGCUUGUACCUACAUCAACUGGGAGGAUCACUCCACUAUCUUCCACCUCGUCAAGUCCAUCAUCAUGGAUCUGAAGGUCUGAACUCUGGCUCUUGAUAAAUUUUGAUCUCUUUGUGUUGUGCUUUUCCCUUCAGUUUGUCUUCUGUACCCGCUUUAAUUGACCUCAAUUGACUUAACUAACCUCAAUAUGUUGCCCAAGUGUGAAAGAUAAAGACAAGAUUAUCUCGAUCUUUUUAAUGUUUUCUAUGUGAAUAGGAAAAGUUGAAACAUAAGGAGGAAUUAAAUAAAAUCAAAACUAAAUGUGUGUUUUUGAUGCACAACUUGAUGCACAUAAAAUAAGGACAUGUAUAUUGUGUCAUUAUAUUGUGUCAGCGCUUUAGCUAACACUGGUUGUAUUAAAUGUGCUUUGUAAACAAACUUGAGAUGAUUUGAUCUGACAAAGAAUUCUCCACCUUUCAUACAGUAUACAGUGCCCAUAUCUGCUUGUUCUUUCUUAAGUACUCUGCAGAAAUUUUAGGCUAAAAUUAAUCAAUUUGUCAAAGAAAGUAUAUUUUCUGUCUGCAACAACUCAUACAAGAGAAUAAAUCAUUAGUCAUUAUUUCUUUCUGUAAUUCUGAUGUUAACCUCACCAGCAAAGUUCUCUCAGUUGACCUGAAGAGGCUCUUGACCUCUUUUGUUUCUCCAGGCUUUGCUGUUCAAUCCGGCCAAACCAUUCUGGAGAGGAACAGGCAGCCAGAACGCCGACGUAGAGCUGAUGAUGGACUGCUUUGUCUCCUGUUUCCGUAUCAAUCCUCACAACAACCAGCACUUUAAGGUGGUGAUGCAUGUUUGCUUUCAUUUGUCAUGAUACAGCUUUUUUUCUUUAAGAUACUUAUGUGAGUUUUUCAUUGUUCCGCAGGUCUGCUUGGCCUCUUCCUCCCCUUCCACCUUCCACUUCGUCCUGGUCAACUCUCUGCACAGAAUAAUCACUAAUGUGAGUCUUCAGGACUUCUCACACAUCAGAAACGAUGGUUAUGAUAGUUUUGUGUCUUUAAAUCUUUCAUGUCAGUCUGUGUUGUCUCCUCAGUCUCACCUGGACUGGUGGCCGAAGAUCGACGCAGUGUACUGCUACUCUGGAGAGCUGCGCUUCAUGUUCUCAGACACCCUGAACAGAGUGAUCCAAGGAGCUGGGACCCAUGCUCCUCUACGUAUGACCCCGGUGAGACCACAAGCAUUCCUGGACAUCUUCUGCCCCUGAUAAUCAUACCCCCUGAAUUGUAUCAUGCGUUGUGCAAUGUGCAGAUGGCGUGCCUGAAUAAAAUCCCUCUAACAUCUUCCUGCUUAUACAGAGUCUGACAUUCAAAGGGAAGAUGAGCACCAGCCUGAAGUUCAAAGAAAAAGCCACAGACCUGGACACUCGAAGUUACAAGUGCCUCCUCCUCGCUUUAGUCAAACUCAUCCAUGCUGACCCCAAACUCAUGCUGCAUGUGAGUCUGACACAACAGCUACAUCAGACCAAUGCAAAAAUGCCCUUUUGUUAUACAGGUGUCAAUCUUCUGGAACAAAAGAUUUAUGACUCUUGAUGUGUUUGUUUGUGUGUCAGAACCCAGUGAAGCAAGCUCCAGAGAUGCAGAGCAGCACAGCGGAGCUCAUCACUGGCCUAGUGCAGCUUGUUCCUCUAACCAACACCACCCAGCUGUCACAGGAAGCCAUGGAGGUCAGACAUGGAAAUGAAAACACCACCAACCCUUUUACAGAUACUGAAUUCAGAAUUUUUCACUUUGAUUUUUCACUGAACUCUGUUUCUGUCUUACUCCUCCUUCUUGGUUCCCCCUUCCAGGCUUUGUUAGUUUUGCACCAGCCUGAGACCAUCGAGCUGUGGAACCCAGAGGCCCCCAUAGAGACAUUCUGGGACAUCAGGUACAAAAUAAUCCUCUAAAUUGUCCAUAGAUGCUGAUGCCUACCUACAGUCCUCAGUUGACUGAAAACAUUUUUUCUUUUGGCCCCUCAUUUAAAUAUUUUGUGCAAUUUUUUUUCAAAUUCAGAUGAACACAAUCAGUGUGAGGAAAGAGGUUUUAUUGGCUGGUUUAGGACAAGGAAUCCUGGAGAGUACUUUGGGUUAGAUUGCUGGAUAACAUUGUUUAUCUAGUUUUGUAUGUUGUACCCCCCAAAAAAAUAAAUAAAUAAGAUAUAUAAUGAUAUAUAAUAAUAAUAAUUAAAUAACAUUAUAAUAAUAAGUUACCCUGUGAUGCCACUUGCAAUUUUAACUCAAUACCCUGGUGGCUUUGAGGAAACAGUGUGGAUGGCAUUUUGUUCAAUCAGUAUUUAUCAAGUUUUUCGUAUCUAAUGUGUUUUUUCCAAGCAGUUAUUUCUGUUUCUUGUCCUGAAUGUGAACAAAAAUAAAUUUCAUUGGUGCUAAGAUUCCCCCAGGAUAGUAACAAUCUCUGUUUUUUUCUCCUAUCCAGCUCUCAGGUUCUGUUCCUGAUCUGCCGUAAACUGAUCAGUCAGCAGAUGGUCAACGGGACAGAAGUCCUCAAGUGGCUGCGGGAGAUCCUGAUCUGCAGGAACAAGUUCCUGCUAAAGAAUAAGGUAAUGUCCCGAAUUAGGAGUUGUAGAACUAGACUGUGUUCAAAAGUAAUCUGGAUAAAACACCCAGUUAUGAUUGUGGAGAACUUCUGAGUAAGAUUUGGAUCCAAAAGAAGGAUUGUUGUGAUCCCAGCAGAAGGAUAGAUUCAGACUGGAUUACAGACUAAAUGGAAGAGAACGUUUACAUCAGUAAAGUAAUAAAGUACUUUUCAGAUUUGAUUCAUACUUAAGACACUUAUUUAUAUUUAUAUUAUUCCAAUUUUUUUUUUAAAUUUGGGAGUUUUGCAUUAGAUUAACAGGAUUUUGCUCUGGAUAGUUCUGGAGAGUUAAUUUUUUAAAAUUGUGAAUUGAUCUUUUUAUAAUCUGAAUUGUUCCAGAAAUUGAAUCUAUUUAUAUUCUGGAUUAUUCUAAUCCAAGAGUAUGCCCUGGUUUAUUUCAGGGGUUUUGUUCCGCAUUUUUCUUUUUGGGUAGUUAAAACACUGUAAUCUGGAUUAUUUCAGGAGUGUGCCACGAUGGGUGCAGGAAUCCCAAUUUGUCGUCAGGCUCAGGCAAAGCUGGAAGUGAGUCUCUACAUGUUCCUCUGGAGUCCAGACACCGAGGCUGUGCUGGUGGCCAUGUCCUGUUUCCGUCACCUCUGCGAAGAAGCUGACAUCCGCAGUGCUGCUGACGAAGUCUCCGUCCAGACCAUCCUGCCAAACUACGCCACCUUCAGCGAGCUGGCCUCUGUUAGCAACAUAAUGGGGACAGGUUGGUGCUGCUGAGGGACACCUGAAACGAUUGGUCUGUCAGUGCAGGAGUCCUUCUCUUAUUUCACAUCGAUCAUUAUGUUUAAAUAUGUUCAAGGUCUGUGGCCAGGUCAAAUUAAUCAUCAGGCUGUUUAAGACUUACUAACUGCAGAGAUAAUUUUAUUAACUGCCAACUUUAAGGGAGUUUAAAACUAUUUAUAUCACCUUUAAAAGAGUUUGAUUAUUUUUCUAUAAUAAACUGGAGUGAUAUUUGUCCCAGCUUGCUAAAUUAGAAUAUUUACUGGUUCUUUUCUUUUCUACAACAUUAGACUGAAUGUUGUCGGAGUGUGGACAAAAACAGACAUUAAGGGAUGACCCCUUAGAUUUAAGAAGGAUACAAAUGACCCCUUUUAGCUAUUUUGUGCGACCAAAGAAGCCAUCAAUAAAUCAAGAAAACUACAGACAGAUAUAACUCCAGUCAAAAUAACCUUUUUUGUAGCCCUGCAUGCAGCCAAAGAUUUUCCUUUAUGUCUUUCAGUCAUAAGUUAAAGCCAUCAGUUGACUGGUUGUUGUUUGUAAGUGAUUUAUUUAUUUUUUUUAUAGUGUAUAAAUCCUUCCUGUGGAAAAUAUGAUAAACAUUCUAACAUGUUGUUGUUGUUUCUACAGGCCGCUCCACCCUGCAAAAAAGAGUGAUGGCCUUACUGAGGAGGAUAGAGCACCCCACUCCUGGAAACAUCGAGGUAACAUUCACUCCAUAAUGACCUUUUUGAACUGAAAGUUAGGAUUGUAGAAGAAUUACACUCAUACUGUACAAAAUAUUUUUACUGUCAAAUUUAAUCUUCUAAUAGGAGAAAAAAUGUCAAAUAUGUGUCACACAUACUUCUGUAGCUAAAAUGUUUUGUAUUUUUUAAAUUGGCUUUCUUUUUUAUUCUGUACUAAAUUCUUCAAUGUUUUCUCCUACAGGCUUGGGAGGACACUUUCACUAAAUGGGAUCAAGUCACCAAACAGAUUCUCAACUUUCCCAAAAACAAAGCAGAUGAUGGGCAGGUAAGCUGAGAGAAAGACCCAAAUGUUUUUGUGUUUCACAAUCAAGUCCAUCAGCAGACUGUACUCAUGGUACAGGUUUUUAAAUUAAAUUCCUAUUUACAUCAAAACUCAAACAAGCUGUUAGUUUUCAUGACUGGGCUAGGGGCAUUUUGAUGAUUUCUGAUACUAUACUGUUUUUACAGGACUUUUACACUUUUACACUUGAUUGUUUGUUUUAUCUUGUUGAACUAUUUUAUUCUCUUGAUAAAUUGAGCUUUUCUUGUAAAGAAAAAUUUUGUUUUUUUUUGUGAUAAACUUAACUUUUCGGAGCUCGGUUAGAGUUGCCCUCUCUAGUUUUUCAUCUUUUAGAGUAAGUUUUAAUGACAGCUGGACCCUAUCAUUAAAAGUAUUGGGUUAAAGUAUCAUAAAUAAAAUCCAAAGUCUUGAUAGUUGAGUGAUAAAUUAGAUCUCCAGCCUGUGAUCGAAUUCAAGUGGUGGAAGAGGUCAGACCCUGAACUUUUCAAUACCACAGAGUAAAACACUCCACUGAGAGAUGGUUGAUAAACUCUGUUAGGUACAGUUUCUGCUGUUCAUUGUCUCUUUCUCUGUCCUCCCUGCAGCAGGAGUGGAUCAACAUGACUGGCUUCCUCUGUGCUCUGGGUGGUGUCUGUCUCCAGCAACGCAGCACCCCUGGCCCUGCCACCUACAGCCCCCCCAUGGGUCCCAUGAGUGAACGCAAGCACUCCAUGAUCUCCAUGGGCCCCUGUGAUGUGUCCAACCCAAUCGGCUCCUCAUGCUCCUCCUCAGCCUCCAGCGAGACACCUGUCAGCCGCUUCCUGGACCGCCUGCUUGCCCUACUUGUCUGCGGACAUGACCGGGUCGGCCUCCACGUCCGCACUAAUGUCAAAGAUCUGCUGGGGCUGGAGCUGAGCCCAGCUCUCUACCCCAUGCUCUUUAACAAGCUGAGGAACAGUAUUGGAAAGUUUUUCGACACACAGGGGCCGGUGAGUCAGACCAAGUAUUCUGCAUACUCAUAGUUGUAAAACAGAGAUGUUUGUAAAAUAGGGACUUUAUUCAUGAAGUCUUAACCUGGGUGUUGAAAGCAGCUGGGGAAGUUUGGGUCAGAUGUUAACCAGCAGUUUUUUGGGCAGUUUGUAAAUUCAGCUGGAAAUAAGACUUAUUUCUGACCUGGGCCUUUUCAAAUCUCGAUUGAAAACUAUUUAUUUAUGCUGGCUUUAAAUACCCCGUAGCAUGGUGACACUUAAAUGUAUUGCAUUGUAUCUUGUUCUUUUUUAUUGCUCCUAUUGUUUUUAUCUAUUCAUUUUUACUAUGUAUUGUAAAGCACUUUGGUUCACCGAAAGGGUUGUUAUAAAGGGCUGUAUAAAUAAAGAACGUUUACAUUUACAUUAGUUAUACUUUUGUGUUUUAUAUUUUUGUGGUUCUCAUGUCUGUAGGUUCCUAUCAAUGACACCAACACCCAGUUUGUGGAGCAGACCAUCGCCAUCAUGAAGAACCUUCUGGAUAACCACACAGAGGGCAGCUCUGAACACCUGGGACAGGCCAGCAUUGAGACCAUGAUGCUCAACCUGGUCAGGUCAGUCCUCGCCUGUGGACCAUCACCUGACAUGGUGGAAAGAAAACUUUUUAUUGUUGUUUGAACUGUUGUGUCUUGCACUCUGACCUUCAGGUUGUUUGAAAACUCUUGUUUUUAAAGGUGAUUAUAAAUUGAUGUUUUAUUAUCAGGUAUGUGCGCAUCCUGGGAAACGUGGUCCAUGCGAUCCAGAUUAAGACCAAACUGUGUCAGCUGGUGGAGGUGAUGAUGGAGCGACGAGACGACCUGUCCUUCUGUCAGGAGAUGAAGUUCAGGUUAGUGACAGUAGCUUAUUGUUUGAUAAACAUACAAGAGCUCAGUGAUUAAUAGACUUAAACAAUUAAUUUGAAUAUAUAGUUUAGACCUCCUGCCAGUAUUUUGAUCUUCAAAGGUAGUGAGAAGCAGGGUUAAGUAUUGAGAUCAAGCGUUAUUAGUGAACUCAUUUUUAUAACACGUAAUUACAAAGUGCUUUGCUAAACCCAAGAAAAUUUUUUUUACAAGAAAUCAAGAACAAGAAAUCAGCAUUAGAGAAAGAUUAAUCACAGACAGACCAGACUUGAAGAAACAAAAAUAUGAGAAUAAGAUCUCUCCUUCAAAAUUUGCCAGAAAUUAGCCAGAAUAAAUUGAAAUAGUUUGUAAGUUAAACUCAGGUUUGUUUUAAAAGUCACUGCAGGAGCCUUUUCUUAUCAUUUACUGUUAUCUCGGCUGAUUUUUAGAGUCUCACUCCUGGUGUUUUUUUUUUUUUUUGCAGGAACAAGAUGGUGGAGUAUCUGACCGACUGGGUGAUGGGAACCUCCAACCAGGCUGCUGAUGACGACAUCAAGUGUCUGACCAGGUGCAGCUUCUUUGUAUUCUUCCAGUGAAUUUAAUGUCAUGGACCAAGAAGCCCCCCUUCACUCUUACCUCCUUUUCAUGUAUGUGUGUGCAGGGACCUGGACCAGGCCAGUAUGGAGGCUGUGGUGUCUCUGUUAGCUGGUCUUCCUUUGCAGCCAGAGGAAGGGGAUGGAGUCGAACUGAUGGAGGCUAAGUCUCAGCUGUUCCUCAAGUAAGAACAAAACCUGUACUCCUCCCAGUAACACAUUCAUCAGACCCCAAAGAUUUUUCCAGGAGUUACAGCUGCAGUGGUCUCUGUUCUUCAUCAUUUCUGUGUGAUUUGGAGAAGUAAAUCUGUGUAAUGAGCUGCAGGGAAUACUGUCACCUCUUUAUGAAGAUGAUCUGACACUAUUUUAGACAAUACUGACACUGUUGAUGUGCAUGCAGCCUCUUUCCCUCACCAUCUUUUACCAUUGUGGCCAUCAUUUAUAGCUUGCAUCCAGCUUUUCAGCUUUCAUCCACCAGGUGGUGUCCUCACCAAGUUAGAAGAGUUUACUCUCAGAUGGGAAAGAAGUGCAGCUUUUACAGUUUGAGGAAUCAUAGUCAGAGAAAAAUGAGGAAUGAUAAAUGUGUCAAAAUGUGUAUAAAAUAAAAGAUGGUAGGAAACUCCUCAAAUCUUUCACUGAUAAAUUCUGUUGUGUUAUUUGGCUUGCAGGUACUUCACCCUCUUCAUGAACCUCCUGAAUGACUGCAGCGAGGUGGAGGAUGAGGGACAGGCAGUUGGAGGACGCAAGAGAGGGAUGUCCCGUCGUCUCGCCUCCCUUCGUCACUGCACUGUCCUUGCCAUGUCCAACCUGCUCAACGCCAACGUGGACAGUGGCCUCAUGCACUCUAUAGGUAAGUCAGCAUCAAACACCACUAAUGCACCCUCUGAGAUAAGUUUUUUUUUUUCCGUUCACCAGAGUUCCCGUGUCCCUCCUCUUUCAGGUCUAGGCUACCACAAAGACCUGCAAACCAGAGCCACUUUCAUGGAGGUGCUGACCAAGAUCCUGCAGCAGGGGACUGAGUUUGACACCUUGGCAGAGACGGUGCUGGCUGACCGCUUUGAGAGGCUGGUGGAGCUUGUCACCAUGAUGGGGGACCAGGGGGAGCUGCCCAUCGCCAUGGCACUUGCCAAUGUUGUUCCUGGGUCUCAAUGGGUAGGUACCUAAUAGACUACCAAAAUUUAUACUUUGAUAUGAUACAAGUGAAAUCAGUUGGUAUUAGUGCCUAUUCUGAUAUCACGGCAACAAAACUUAAAUUCCUGGGCAACUUAAUCAUAUUCAGUGUAUCUAAAGAACAGAAAAUUAACAGAAAAGUACCUCAUCUGGAUCUAGACUAUUUUUAGUGAAAUUACAGUUUGUACUCAGACUAGCAGAGGACAUACAUUAUUUUAAGUAGCUCUUUGCACAGGUGCAUUGAAACAAACAAGGCAUGCAAUAAAAAAACUACAUGUGCAGACACUUGUACAGUUGUCCCACUCAGUCUGAACAAACAGCCCUCUCUCUAAAAACUAAAACAGACAUUUGGAAGUUGUUAAAAUUUUAAGAAAAAAAACUCGAACACGAAAUCAGAGACACAUAAAGUUUUUUUCAGUCCCGGUUUGAUUCCAUCCAUUUUCAAAAACAUUGGAUAAAAAACAAAAAACAGUGCUCUACUUGUUGUGAAGAGAUGCCUCUGUGUUAAAGUGUUUUUUAAAUUUUUUUUAUGUUUUGUUAGGAUGAGCUGGCCCGAGUCCUGGUAACGCUGUUUGACUCCCGUCACCUGCUCUACCAGCUGCUCUGGAACAUGUUCUCCAAAGAGGUAGAGCUGGCCGACUCCAUGCAGACUCUGUUCAGAGGAAACAGCCUGGCCAGCAAGAUCAUGACCUUCUGUUUUAAGGUAAAAACACUCCUGGAUGAUGUGACAUACUUGCCCACAGGAUGUGUUGUAGGUGUGUUACUGACUGUAAUUGAUGCGACCAGGUGUACGGGGCGGCGUACCUGCAGAAGCUGCUGGAGCCAUUACUUCGAGGAGUUAUAGCCACACCUGAACACUUCAGCUUUGAAGUGGACCCCACAAGGUGAGUACCUGCAUCUCUAAUCAGGUUGUCUCUGGUUUGAGCUGACCUAUAGUUUUUUUAAUGUUUUCUAUUUGUAAUAUUGACAAGGCAUUGAAAUUUAGGAAAAAACUCUUCAUGGUGACAUUUAAGAACACUGAUCUUAAAAAUGCGUAUGAUAUCAUAUUCAACAGUUUUGCCUGCAGUGCAAAUGAAAAACCCCGCCAUGCCCACACAGCUGUUUUUUUUUAUCCCACCAUCAUCAGAUAUGUGCUCAUUUGGAUUCAGUCAUUCUUGUUUUGGGUCUCUGUGCUGCCCCUCAGUCUCUCAGUCUCAUCUCUGUAUCAAGCAGAUUCACCUCUCAUUCUCCUUUUCACAGAUUUUGGCAGGUGUGCUGCGAAAACUGUCUGUCAACUACAUCCCAUCUGCUUAGCUAAUAUAAACACACUACAGUAGCUGAGUACCUUAACUAGCAUGAGUUGGCCAAUGUGCUUGUGAUAGUAAACCAAAACAGAGCCGAGAAUAAUAAUUUGUUGAAUACAUUUAUUUCAUCAGAUGAACUAUGUUUUAUAUGUUGGGGUUAUAAGUAUAAGUAUUGAAAACUCAAAAAAAUGUUACAGAAAUGACACUUUAACAUCAUAUUUUUCAUAUUCUCUCAUGGUUGUAUUUGACCUAUACAGGAAAUUACCAACAAAGAGCCUAGUUUUGCACAAGAAAUAAUCUAAAAUGUCAGCUUGCAUGCUUGACCUCUAUUGUCUUCUUGCCUCCACAACUGAAAUAUUCUCUGGAGCAAACACUGACUCUAUUUCCUGAGUUGUUGCCCUUGUUUAUCACAUCCCUUAAUAAUGCUGCCAGUGGGGAGACACUUGUCUGCUGAAGGUCUGUUCUCUCAUGGUUAGAGACUGAAAACGCCUCUGUGGACUUCUCUGCUUUGUCUCUUCAGGCUGGAGCAGGGGGAGAACCUGGAGGAGAACCAGAGGAACCUGCUGCAGAUCACUGAGCGCUUCUUUCAGGCCAUCAUCGGCUCUUCCAGCGAAUUCCCCCCUCAGCUUCGCAGCGUCUGCCACUGUCUCUACCAGGUACAACCCCAUCUCACACCACGCCCCUCCCCAGCUGCUCACUCACCAGCCUCUCUGCCCUCACCCGAGUGUGUGUGUGUGUGUGUGGGGUGUGUUUGUGUGUGUGCGUGUGGAGUGUCACUCACACAUUUCUCCACUCUGAAGCCGCUGACGCUGCUCCACUCUCUGCACUCACCUUAACGCACUCUGCUGGAGCCAUCAACAGUGGCGCCUUCUGUUACAUCAUAACCUUGUUAGGAAAGUGGUUUACUUAUAGAUAUUUAACACAUUUGAGCAUCACAGGACUCUGAUCUUGAGCAGGAUCUUGUUUUUCCAGCUUUUGUCAAUAAGGAUCCCAACACCCCAAGUUUGAAAGGAGGGAAUACACACAAGCUCUGUAGGGUAAUACACAGACUGAGAUGUGCAUGUAUAAUAGUGCAGCAGUUUCAAAUUUAAAAUAUAGACCUACUUACUGUUUGAUGCUGCCAAUAAAGCUUAUAAAUCACACUGAUGUUAUUUAGAACAAUAUGGUUUUGAUGAUCCUGUAAUAAAAACCAACCCCUCCUUCUUGGAGAUCUAAAAUAGUGAAUCUCUUUCACAAUACUGAAAGAAAACUUAAUCUAGAGCAACGCAACUGCCCUUCUUAUGCAUAAUCUCGCAUUUAAGUUUCACCAUUACCUUAUAAUUUAUGCUUUAUGCUUUUACAUCGAACACACAGUCCAGUCAUUACUUUGUUGCAGCGUCUGAGUUUGAAGAAGAAAAAGUGCAACAUUUAAACAGCGUAAGCUUUACAUAUGCAUAUCGCAGCUCUUUAUCCCCUUUAGACCGCUCCAUAAUUCAAUUACGGUUCUACUACUACAUCUAAUUCCUCCUCAGCAGUAGGAUGUUAAAGGACCUCAAACCUGACAACCUUUAACAUAGACAGUAUGGUCUUAAACAAACCUCAUAUAAAAGGCUACAGAGUUUUCUUAAAAAUUAAUUGAUAUCUGCAUUACAUUUACAUUAAUCACAACACAAAUAUUUUAUUGACAGGGUUCCUACGCAAGUAUGGAACAGUAUGGAAGUAGUUUGAUCAAUUUCCAGGUCUUAAAAAGUAUGAAAAAAAAUUAUGUUUCCAGACUAUUACCACAAUUCAAAAAUACUGUUUUCUAUAUUAGAAAAGUAGGUAUUUCCAAAAAUAAUUCUAAAAAGUAGGGUAUGGAAAUUCUAACUGUGUAGGAACCCUGUAUGGAGAGCAAAUUUUGAAUCCUUUGACAACACUAUAAAAAGAAAUGCUUCAGAAAUGCUUUGAGUGUUACUCUAUAAAACUUUAGAGAACAAGAGCAGGUAAAAUCCUUAGGCCCCCAGGUUGCAACACUGAGAAGAAAGAAACAGAUAGUUGGAGCUGAGCAUUAAGACCCAGCAGGCUGUGAACUUGUUUAAAAACAAAGGAGUCGAGUCCUUGUACAUCUUGUCAGACAUUUGGCAGCCCAAAUGCUGCAACUGCUGUAAACAUUGACAAAUGACACUGCAGCUGCCAGACCAAUUUACAAGUUUCCAACAGUAAAUAUUUUUAGAAAAGGGGGUUUGACACUAAUGGAAAGAUUCAUGUCUGAAAAAUAAUGUCCAAUACCUGUGAGUAGAGGCUGAUAUAAUAAAGAAAAUCCAAAGACAUGUGCAGUCAUGCUGAUGAUAGAUGAGGCUGGAAAAACAAGACUUUUAUUGAAGGAAAAGACCAUCCAAAAAGGUAAGCUGUUUCAAUGCAAGACAGGUUUUUUUUAAAUUAAAAUCUGAAAGUAACAUUUUUCUGCACCCCACUGUGAAAGAUUUAACAUCAGACAGGUUAGUGAUAAAAAAAUAAAUCCAAGCUGUUAUCGCACCCAAUCCUACUCUCUCGCAGUCAUGCUCAUCCUGUGUCUGCACAUUCAGCUCAUUGUCAUUGUGGUCUGAGAAGCCCUUCUCUUACAUGCACUCCUGAAAACAGUCCAGGAAAUCUCAGGACAGUCUGCCCAUUACAAUGCUUUUGUCUUUUAUGGUGUCAUCUUUACUGUUAGAGGUUAAAAGAGACAGGAUAUGAUGUAAUAAGGACAUUUAAUGUAUAUAAGAUAUCCAAGAUGGCUAAUGAAGAAAAAUGGCAGUACUAUGAGUAAUUGGUUUGUAAAUGGAUAGGAAAGAGGAGAAGUGAUGCUGAUCAUUUGAUACAGAUGACAUCACUCAGCAAACUUACUCAGGCUGAAUUUCCCUGUUUAUUACCAGCUGCUUUCAGUAAAACUUUGUUGGACCAUGAAUCCCGGUGUUUCUCCAGAGCUCUGUGGGCUACUAGUGAAAACCACACUGCAGAAUAAGUCACUGUAUAGAAAAAAAAGAUAAAAAUGAACCAAGUGAUCACCACAUAGAUCCACAGAAUAAAACGUAUGUGUCUCCUGAUGGUGUCAACCAAAUCACAAGGCGAUCAUGCAUUAUAGUGGGCCGGUCACAGAUAUAUAGGACAGAGGGCUUUAUUGAAUGGGUGACAGAGCAAGAUGAAAAUACAGUCAGAUUAUUUCUGAUCAUCUUCUUCACAAAUCAUCUUCACUCAUCCAUCCGACCAAAAAUAAAUGCAUUUUCCCAUACAGAAUAAACACACUCCAUCAGUAUUUAUGCCAGUUUUUUUUUUUUUUUUUUACCAGGGUCCAUUAAGGUGAGUUAACUCCUGAAGUUAAGGCAAAUGGUCAGCUUUGUAAAAGAGACCUCGACCUUUAUAGGUUUUGUUUGGCUAAAUAAAGGUUAGAUAAAUAAAUAGAUAAACCAGGUUUAAAUUGUCUUAAAGAGGAACAAUUGAGCUUGUUUAGUCUUGAAAAAAAAUCCACUCUGAUAACUGCAACCGGUAUCUCCCAUAUCUCACUCUGUUCAUAAACAUGAAACAUCAUAAUGUUGCAGCAACAUGGAAGGAAAAAAAUGUAUCAUUCAUUUCUGUCUGCAAACUCACCCCUUCUUUAAUUGGGAUGAGUGUCAAUAACAGGAAGGAAGAAAAGUUCUGCCAAACAUAGAUGGGGUUGUAUUAUUUAUCCGGUCUUCACUUCACCCUUAAAGCCAACACCAGUGGUUAAAAUCUCCUUGUCCCUCCUUUCACUCACUGGAGCAAACGUCUCCCAAGCCCUCUUCAUGAUCAGCAUGUGGGGGGCUACAAUGCCAGUGGUUGCACACUGUGGACUCACUAACCCUCCUACUCCCACUGUUCUGCAGAGGCGGAAGUUCAGUUUUAUGUGUUCUCUAAUUCAUUAAGUUUUAUAAGAAAUGUGUCUUCCUGGUUUUGUUGCACAAACUUGACAGCCUGAAAGCAUUCAGGUCCUCCUGUCUUUGCUGUGCCGCCACAGCAAUCAGUAAACCUGAUGCGCUUUGUUAUAGGGAAAGUGAAAAAUCAAGUGCAGGAUGAAUUAACAUUGCCAACCUUCAUUUGUCAAACCAUGUAACUCCACCCUUUUACCUAUACAGACCCUGUCUUUAAUUUGGAGAGGUUUUUGUUUAAAGUUUUAGAGUGUGUAACCAUGGGUUAGGUGUGAUCACAACAAAUCCACUUGUACCACCAGAACUCCCCACCAGAUGAUGUUGUAGUCCAAAUACACACACUUAUUACCCACUCAGUUCGAGUCAGUUUCACACUUGCUGAUGCUACUGCUGCUGCUGCUGCCUUGCCCUCACUACAAAAACAGGAAGCUCUGUCUGCUCACAAUCAACAACUGAAUAAACACACUCAACAAGUAUUGUAUGAUAUUUGUAUAUUAAUCAGAAGCCUUUACAGUUGUCCCUUUUUAGGUGGAGAUCUGUGUGUUAUCACAGAAGCUGCAUUUUCUGUUCAUUUACAUCUUUGAUUUAUCAUGCUUUCUCUUCGAUUUCCUUUUGAAAAUGUACACACACUCAAGAACACACUCACACAUUCACUAAUGCAGUUUGCUGCUGUCAAAUCACGCCAGCGCAUGCAUGGACACGCUUCAUGUCCCCUGAGCAGCGAUGACAAUCUCUCUAACCGCAGUUUUUUAAUUUUUCUGUGUUUUACUGGAUGUGAAUGGUCAGGGCUGUGCAGUGUGUGUGUUUGUGUUUGUGUAGCCGGUGCUGUGACCAUGAUUGUGCUCAUCUCUGUUCUGUAGGCUACUUGCCACUCUCUACUGAAUAAAGCAACAGUAAAAGAAAAAAAGGAAAACAAAAAAGCAGUAAGUUUGGAGAAUCUACUUUCCCUCAGACACUUUACCCCCUGAAGCAAAAAAAAGCUUUUUUUGCAUUUUAUUCAUUUGGCUAUUUGAUUUCUUCAUUUGGUUUAUGAUUUGGUGGAAAUGUUUUAUUCUUUUCUCCAUACUCAACUUUUGUGUACAAUCUCCCUCUGAAAAUCAUUGUACUAAUAUUGGCGCCAUUUUAAUGUAUUUUCAAUUAACAGUUUGCAGGAAACUGUGGCAUUCUUUCUGAUCUGUUUCUUUCUGUUUGCACUUCUCGAGACAUGUCGUCAGAACAUUUCAUCAUGUUUUCCCACCUUUUAUAAACCUUACACACACACACACUUGCCUGACAUGACUGGUGUUGGGAUGAAAUUUUCUGAUGAACAGGUCUCCCUCUGUCAUGGGUUGGUUUCUUUAUUUCUCGCCAUAUUCAAGAAGAAAUUCUUCAACUUGGAGAGUUUCUACGUUCACAUUUCUUUUCUCAUAAUCACUGGCACUCAAACAUAAAGAAGGUAGUCGUCAGCUAAUAGAUUGAGCGUAAAAACUUUUGCCUUCUUCUUGGUGCACAUGGGUCCAAGUGGACUCAAAUUUCUCACUUUCUGAUAUCUUAAUCCUCCACCUGUGAAAGCUCAGUGGUAAUACUGUCUCUAUUAAAGCCAGUUGUCUUCAUUUGCUGCAAUUUUAGAUGGAUAAUCAUGGUAUCCCAGAAAAGUAGGAUGUUGUGUUCAAAAAACAUUUUACUUCCCUUAUUUUAACAUAACUGAGGUAAGAUGUGAAAUUUAAAUUAAAUACAUAUUUCGAAGUAAGUCCUUCUACUGCUCUUUAAUGCAAAUUGAUUGCAGUCUGUUUUUUAUUUUUGUAUCGGUCAGGGCUCUUCGACUUUUUAAGAAGAUAAGUGGUUGUGAGUUAUGGAAUCACACAAACACAGUAAUUCACUUUAAGUUUUACUUUCACUUGUGUUAAAUGCUGAAACAGCAUGAAUGAUCAAAGUAUGACGUAACCUCUCAGACAUGUUUAUUAGUUUUUAUUAGGACUAGUUGACAGCACUGGUUAAAAAAUCACAAACUUCUACUUUUCCAAACUUUAUCAUAAAUGUAUUUUUUGAAAAUUCAGAAAUCUGAGGCCAAAUGAACGCAAGUCAUUAUCAAAGCAAGUACCUUUGUCUUAAUCCAGCUGCAAAUUUGUAAAAACAAUCUUUAGUAAAGAUAGACUUUCAAAAGGUUUAAAAUUUACUUCACAUUAUACCUAUAUAUCCUGUGUAGCUGUUACUGUUUCUGCUGAUAGCGUCACUGGUUCCUCUUAUGUGCCAGUCAAUGUUAAUUGCAGCUGUAAUGAAGAAAAGAAAAACUCUCUUUUCAUGCAAUUGUUGACAUUUGGAAAUUCCCAAGGAUAUAUAAUCAGUGUGGCUGAAUAUGUAAAAACACGACUGCGCUAUAAAUCAAGAUGUAGAACAGCCUGCUAUUUUGGGCUAUCCUCUUGCUGUUUCAACUGAUAGGAUGAGUAAAUAUAGAGCGGAUUUCACCCUAGUGUGUUAAACACAGAAGUAGGUACAGUGUGCAGCUCACUUAGCUUUUAUGAACACAUAAAACACACCAGUAAAACAAAAGAUUCCAGUCUCUGUGAAGUACCAGCUCAGUCUAAGCACCUUGAAGAUACCUCUGAGUUCUUAAGCUGAAGAGACAAAACAGACGUGGAGCUUAAUAUGUCCCUAUCAGAAGUCUAAAAGCAAGGGGAGUUUUGGUGUUGUAUAGUAGCCUAUUCAGACAAUGCAAAAUUUUAAAUGGCGUUAAAUGACCGAUUUUCUAUGAUUUGAAUCUAGUAGUUUUACUCUUUAAUAAGAGCCUUUGAGGAAUGCUGAAAUUGUUCCUAUAUCACGUGAAAAUCUUUGAUUUAGGGUUGACCAAACUGCAGACAGAAUCUGUGUGUUUGAAUCCUUAGAUUAUUGAGAAAUUUGACAUUUCUAUUGAACUUGGAGUCAGUGGGACCCUUCGGAGUCAGUGCCAAAAUAAUCAAAAUUUUAGUCAUAAGGUGGGUUCAGUGUUCUCUCAGCAAAGCAAUGGUCUCUGUUCAUAUUUUCCAUAAACUUUAAACAUGGAAGGGAUGCCAAUAUUUGCUCGGGAUUUUACGGUGAUGCCUCCUACAGAGUUCAAACAGCAAUCAUUUGGAGGAAUCUAUCAGAAAACAGCGCUUUGCACAAUAUAUUGAGGUUCAUUUUCUCCAGUUUGAGGAAAGUCAAUCAGGACCCUAAACUAGUGGACACAGAUGAAUGGCACAUUACACCUCUACACUGAAAUGCAUGCUGAGAAAGUUGCAAAUUGGCUACAAAGAAACUGAACAGGACAGAUGCAAGGGUUGGGUGAUACAUUAUUAUAAAUACAGGAGUGUUGCAGAGGUUACAGUUUUCAAAGUUGGAGCCAUGAGUGUAACUCCAACUUUUGACCAUUCGUUGUAAAUUAUUCCGUACUCAGCUUUUUCCAGCUGUUUCCACUUCUAUCCACUGAACAAAUCUCUUAAAUACAAUAACACAAAAAAGCCCAGAAAAGUAAAACAAGCAUGGUCUCGCUCCUACUACAGAUCUGAAAACCUGUGUUAGAUAAAAUCAUCAUCAUGCAAUAAUGAUUAAGAGUUCAGUUUUUUUUUUUUUUUGGAAGUGCUUCAAUUUUUGGUUUGAAUAAUUAUGUUAAAGCCUAAUGAGCAACAAACUGUCCGAUCUGUGACUGGUGGUUUUGGAUUGUAUCACACUCAGCUCUGCUAUGCUGUAAAGCACGAUGAGAUGCUCAUCUGCCGCUUUGCAGCACAACUCAUGGCUCAUCUGUCCGCCGCCUUUUCUGUAUUUUAUUUUGGGAUGACUUCCAGUUUCCAUUCCUCCAUAUCAGAGAGGAAAUGGUUGGUUUCUUGUCUGGCUCUUUGUCUAUUUUUUCUCUCUUGGGCUUUAACUGGAGUGAGAAGCUUUCUGUCUCGUGUUACAGCCCAAAAUGAAAAGUCUCACGUCAUACAUCUUUCUCCUCCUGAACCUGACAUCUUUUACUGUCACGGCUCGCCUUCCUCUGCUCUAUCACACACAUCUUAUGAUUUAUUUUACUCAUCACCCCCUCGUCUCUCUGAUGUACUGAUAGACAUUUUCAAUAUUUUCUCAUUCUCCCUCGUACAACGUGGCCCCUUGCUCAAACCUCUCUCUUCUGUUUCAUCUGUUUCCCUUCUGUUCUCCACUCCUGUGUCCUUCCUUGCACCCUCACCCUCCACACACAGGUGGUGAGUCAGCGGUUCCCUCAGAACAGCAUCGGUGCCGUGGGCAGCGCCAUGUUCCUGAGAUUCGUCAAUCCAGCCAUCGUGUCUCCGUAUGAGGCUGGCAUUUUGGACAAGAAGCCCCAUCCUCGGAUAGAGCGGGGACUUAAACUCAUGUCAAAGGUGAGCAGAGAGACACCUGACUGCAGAAAAACUGAACCAGGAUUUUGACUUGCUUCCCUAAAAAGUUCCAAUUUCAUUUAAUUUCAGUCACCUUUCAAAAAAGACAUGCUACAUGUUGAUUUUAUCUUACCUUAAUUGUAAUUUUAGUUUUUUUCUUUAACAUAUCAAUGCAGUUAAGAAGAAAAGCACAAGAAAAAAAGGAAAGCGCCGGAUUAUAAAUGGAUAACAGCAGAAAAUAGACAUGGUGACUCACAAAGACAGGCAUAAUCAUGUUGUCACAUUUUUGUGUAACCUUUGAAACAAAUAGCAUCAUAUGUGCCUUCCAAAGAAAACCUGACUAAAAGGCCUUAUGCUUAUAUUUUUGGUUCUUCCAACAUGCUUCAAAGGAAACCUUUUAGCUACUUCACAAGUAGUUAUCGAGACUGAAAAUUGUAGAUAUUAUUGUUGGAAACGUGACUGCCGUAUACUUAAAGAUUUAAUGCUUUUUAGUUGAUCACAAUCGUGCUUGAGAAUCCUUGAGAGCCCACAGUUGCUCUGAUCGUUUCUGAGCAAACAUGUUCUCAAAUAUUUAACCUUGCCAUGCCCUCAGCCAUGCAGCAACAUAGUCACUGUGACCUUGCUGUGAUUUCUUUGUUAAGAAAGGGGGGGGGGGGUAUUUUCUUUUAAUCGUUUUUUAUACUUUAUCACAGUGGAUCUUGAAGCAAAAGCUAGACUCUUUAUAAUUAAAGUUACAUAAUUAUUAUGAGGGGAACUUGGAAAAAUUCAGAACUUUAACUUUGUCUGAUUUUCAUAUUGAAUUGAUAAAGCAGCACAACAUGCGCAUCAUGCUUACCUUACAGACUUAUACAUGAUUCACUCGUGCACAACACAACCAAGGUAUUCAGUUUGAUUUGUCCAAUCAAAAAUAUAUUUUGUUAAGGUCAAUCCGAGUUUUAGUUAGAUCAGUGGGUUACAAAACAAUUUUAAAGUUGAAGGGGAGCUUUUUUUUUCCUAAGAGAAAAUAGUCGGCUGUGAUGACAGCUUCUUGUUAUUUUGGGUUCUCUGUCUUUUUAGAAAGUUUCACAUGUCAUAUGAAUCUUUCACUUGCAUUCCGUCUUUUAUUUAGAAACACCCUUGUUUUAUUUGAAUGUCUUAAGUUAACAUUUUUAAAGGUCCGUUGGAGAUUUCUUUGAAGUGAGGAUCAGUUAUUUUCCUGAUGAAAAUGCAAAUAAAAAAAAAAGCAAAGGGAGUGAUAAAAGCACUCAGUUUAGAGGUGAAAAUUCAUACAUAAUCAGCUGUUGUUUUAACUUUCCUGUUAUUCUUGUUUACUUCAGAUUCUGCAGAGCAUCGCAAACCAUGUCCUGUUUACUAAAGAGGAACACAUGAGGCCUUUUAAUGACUUUGUGAAGAGUAACUUUGAUGCAGCUCGCAGGUAAGAAGAUGCUGAUGUCACUAACACUGCUCGUUUUGACUAACUCUAACUAAAGCAUUGCCUGUGAAGGGGAGUGUCUUCUGUCAGUAAGUGUUAUUUCUCCUUGCCAGGUUCUUCUUGGACAUUGCGUCGGACUCUCCGCCCAGCGACUCAGUCAACCAUAGCCUGUCCUUCAUCAGUGAUGGGAACGUGCUCGCUCUGCACCGCCUCCUGUGGAACAACCAGGAGAGGAUUGGACAGUACCUUUCCAGUAACAGGUCAGGAGAGGACACUACAAUAAGUACUCUAAGAUAAUAUAACUCCAGGAUCAUGCGGUUUCUUAUGAUUUGACUUACAGGGACCACAAAGCUGUCGGCAGGAGACCUUUUGACAAGAUGGCAACCCUGCUAGCAUACCUUGGACCUCCUGAGCACAAGCCUGUGGCUGACACACACUGGUCCAGUCUCAACUUGACCAGCUCCAAGUUUGAAGAGUUCAUGACCCGGUAAGAACUCUGAAGGCCUCAGAAUUGAUCUUCUGUCUUUAGUGCCAGUUAUUAAACCCACAACAUAAACAAAUAAACACAGCUGCAUUGCUUUUGUUCGGGAAAAAUAUAUAUUUGAAAAAUGUUUGUCUCUAAAAUCUCUCCAGGUUGGACAGAACGAUGUCUUCAGUGACUGUUAAGAUAUCACAAAUUGUGACACCUGUUCAAUGUUUCAUUUGCCAAAGAAAAGGAAGCAUGAUUAUAUUGUGAUUCUUUUAGAUCCAUUUUUUGACUACAUGAUUCAGUUUUUACCACUGUAGCUUCAAGAGAAGCCCUUUAAAACUCUUCCUGAGUUCAGAUCUACUUCCUCUUAUGUGUCCUCUAAGCGGAAACCACCAUGACUUUAUACUGAUCUUCAUUUUGAUACAGCUGUUGUUUGCAGCUGUUUUCUCAAGAGUAACGCAAAUUUCACCCUUCAUCUGUCUAUCUGGAAAUCUGAAAUAUAACACGAUCUCUAUUCAUAUACUGAGCUCUCACUGUGGUCUAAUACAUACUCUUCAAAUCUGCUCCAGGGUUUAUUGUUGUCAGUGUGUUUUUAUAAAGCUCUGCCAGCAGAAUAUGAACAAGUUUUUAACCAGAUUUUCCUGAUUAGAUUCUAAGUUUGUUUUAAUGAACAAAAAUUAAUAAAUAAUUCCACUGUAAUUAAACCCGCCUCAUGUCUUAAACCCUGGUCCUAAGCCCUCUGUUCUGUCUUGCAGGCAUCAGGUCCAUGAGAAGGAGGAAUUCAAAGCCUUAAAGACCCUCAACAUUUUCUAUCAAGCAGGAACAUCCAAGACUGGGAACCCUGUCUUCUACUACGUGGCCCGAAGGUAGGACCUGGACCUGGAUCUGGUCUGUCUGGCUUAUGAAUAUAUUGAAAGUUUGCUGCAUGCCUCCUUUUUAGUUAUUCAGAUUUACACAGAAUAUUUGCAACAACACUGUGGUUGUUACAGUAAGCCUUUGUAGCAUAAUCAGAAAUCAAAAAUAACAAUACUCCCAAUAACACAUUGAUAAAUCAGAAAUCAAGGGGGAAAUUGCUGAAGAAAAAAUUAGAAUUAGAUCACGGAUGAGAGAGCAAACAGCAGGCUUUAUUGGGAGGUUAUUUUCACUCUUGACAUUCACGAAAAGGAAGCCAAACUUUCAGGCUGAUUCAUUCACGGUGAGUCAUUUUUUUCCUACCACAGGAAAGCAAAGACAACUGUCAUACCAACGAAAGUGUGAGGGAGGUUUCCAUUUAAGCAGAAUUAGAUUUUUUUGCAGGGCCACAGUUGAACUUGACCACAAAGGUAUAAACCCAUUAAGGCUGUGAUACUGCCUAAGUAAAUACUUUUUAAAAGUCAUACGUUCAGUCUAACAACCACAGUUCUAACAACAACAUUCAGCAUCAUGACUGAUUUCCUCCUAUACUCGCUGAUUAUAAUCAUUGAAAUGAUCCUCUUACACAGUCCAGGAUAGUUACACUCAUAAUUUCUCACAUGUAGUGGGUCCAUCUUUAUGCAGUUUUGUGGAAGGAUACUCAGUAAGUCCAUAAAUGAUGACUUGCCAACUUGCAUGUUUAUUCACCUGUUUUUUAUCUGCUGUAAAGUUCAAACUACAUCUUAAAAUCCCAUUUAGAAUCCUAUAAGAUCUUUAUAUUACAUCACAGUAUCAAGGUGAUUAACUAAGAUUGGAGGACAAUAGAGUUGAGCCACAAUUUUUUGGUGAAGUGCAGAGUAUUUAACAUAAACCUAAAUAAUCCUUAAAUGCCGUUACAUUGACUUUAGGAGUGGAUUGUGGAGUCAUUUAAGUUGAUUAGGUCUAAUUGGGGCUGCAGCCAACAAGUUAUCAAUUCAAGCUGUCAGUUUUAGAGACCCUUUAUUUACUCACACUUCAACCACGGAAUAUCCUGAAUAGCUGAACAACAUAUGAUUGAAAACCUGAAUCCUGUGAAAUAAAAAAGCUUAAGGUAGUGGUGACAGGGCUGAAAACUUUGAAAGUUGAAGGUUGGAAAUAUUUCAAUUCCAGGCUUCAGCUGCUAGAAAUCACUAAAAAAAAACAGAAGUGAAACAAGAGACCUGUGUGGACUACAACAGGACAGAACAGAACAGCUAAAUAUUAUUUAACCUACCAAAGUCUGAGCUGGGCACAGACCCGGUCCUACUUUCUGUGCUAAUCUGGAUGGAAUCACUGGAUUGGUCGAUUAUUAAAGAUUUGAACUGAAGGGAAAGGAUUCAUCAAUUUCAACAUCUCUGUGCUGCACUUUUCUCUCUGAAUCCUUGUGGUAUUUCCUUCCACUUCACCUUUUCUGUUCUCUUUGUAGCAUAUCACAGGGCCCAGAUAUGUUUACAAUAGAUCAAGACUUAUAGAGUCCAGUAGAGAUCUUGACAAGUACUUGCCCACAUCUUCCUCUUUUAAAAAUUUGUAUGUGGAAAAAUCCAGAUUUUGGUGUGCCUCUAAUAUCAUCUGUGCACAUUGUAAAGAAAUUAUUAACUCAAUUUAAAAGAAAUGAUAUAUCUAAAGAUUUUUUUUCCUAAAAAGGUAAGUCACACAAAUCCUAAUUCUCCAGAUCUGACCACUUUGUUAACUGCUGUUCAGAUUUCAGUGUCCUCCUUUGUAUGAGAUAUCAGGUUGAACUGAGUAUUAGUUAUUAAUCUGGCAGACAGCUUUUGAAGGAACUUUUUAACGGCCUAAUAGUAAAAAAGGAGCACCAACAUUAUAAUAAAAAACUUACCACAUAUAAACUUAAGUUUAAGAUUAAAUGCACUUUACUCUUUUUCAACAUAAUUAGUUUCUUGUGCUUUGGUUUCUGUUCUUUGUGUUUAAUUUUCUGCAAACUAUUCUCAACGUAUUCAUCGAUUAUUAAGUUUUCCAUUGCAGACAAGAACACUUCUAGCUAAUCAACAGAAGUCUUUUUUUAUUAUUAUUUAACCAGCCCUUUAUUGGUAACUUUCCAAGGGCUUUUGGAAUGUAAUGCAUAUUUUCAAUCCUGUUUUGAAUGGCUCAGCAGCACCACGGGAAGCACAAGCAUUACUAUUGCUAUUGGAAAGCAUUGAGCAAAGCGGACUGUCAGUGUGCAGGCAUUAUACUGGGAGUUGGGCAUUGACAUUAGCACUUCAGUUGAGCUCAGAUAUUUUGAGUAGUCUUGCAAGUUUCAUAUAUGUGAACUUGACUCUGGAAGACAUUUUCACAUUGCAUUUGUCAGAAAGACUGCGAUAAACUUGAUGACGACAGAAGGCAGUAACAGUCAUAACAGUGUUUAUAAGAGAUCUGAAAGUGGGGAUGCUAUCUGGAGUUAUGCGGUCUUACAUUCAUUGUCCAGAAUAAUCCGGUAAGUAUCCAGUCAGAAGAAGAGUAACAUGAGAAAUACCAUCGCAAUGACAUUUUGAGUCUCAACGGGGAGUCCUGACCCUUUAUUUCUCGAGUUGGCCACUUUGGGCUUUUUUGUCGAUGGCCGCGGGCGUGCUGUUGUGCUUGUGCGAGUGGAAAAACUGUCAAAACUGGUGGAAGGUGUCCAGACAAACACCAUACGAUCACUUGAAUCACUCCCUCUUUGUGUACCCUGAAAUAUUUCUGUCUCGAAAAGUGCAGACUUUGCCUGGUAACUCGACGUGACCUCUGCAGUCCUUGCAGGUGAUUGGCCAUCAUGCCCUUCACCUCUGCUAUCCACCCAGAAUGGUGGCUCUGUGAACAGCGCAGAGUGCCACUCCCUCCCUGGGGUUGCCACGUGGGUUUGCCCACAGAUGGGUCUAGUGUGACAGGGGCAGCCUAAGACAGUUGCUCGAGUCUGCUCAGCCCAUCUCAGGAGCUUAGUUAUGUUUUCUUCUUCUUCACAAGCCCAAGGGUUAUCCCCAAGAGUCAUCAACUCCAGUCCCGCAAGUCUAUCAAAGAUCCCUUCAGGCAACCAGGAGAAGCGAUUAGCAUGCAAGUAAUACUGAGCCAGCCUCGGCAACCGAUCCAAUGAUCCAGGCAGUAUCUGCGUGAGGAAGUUAUGGGACAAAUCAAUGCUCUCCAGGUUGUGUGGCAUGUUGGUGGGCACAGUCCAGAACCGGUUGUGACUGAGGUUGAGAGUCUGUAGGCUUGGCAGCGUAUUGUUGAUGAAGACCACCCUCUCCAGCUCAUUGUCUGACAGAUCAAGCAUUUUCAGGUUCCAGUGGUAUGCUGUGUCAUUUUUGUCCAGUGAGCGUAAAUGGUUCCCAGCCGCUCGGAUGUCCCACAAAGACCUUGGCAAGGAGGGGGGCAGACUCUCCAGACGGUUGUAGGACAGGUCCAGUGUUCGCAGGUGGGCAUAGUGGCUUAGCUGGGUGUCCAGAUUCUGCAAGCUGUUAAAACAUGAUUUAAAGCAGGCAAUAAAUUGAAUUUAGCUCUAAAGUGACUAAUGUUUGAGAUAGAGAGCCUCUGCUAAUGAUAUGGGGAAACACAACAGCUAUAAGUGAUGCCACACUUAAGAGGAGGUGCAUCUUUGGAGUUAAGUCCAGGCUUGGUAAGCAAAUCUGCUGUUUUGUCAGCAUGUCUGCAAGAAGUUUGCAAACUUAGAUCCACUUACAAUACCCUUGGACCAAUCUUCACUCAUGUCAAAAUAGUCAGUUUGAAGGACAACUGCUGGAGACUUAAACAAAUAAGCAAUCUUGAAGUGCAGGCGUUAAUUUGGUCCUAAAGCUGAGCCCAAAACCCCUGUUUCCAUGUGAGUAGUUUGACUUAAAAUUAUGGCCAGCAAAUGGAAAAAAUGUCUUAGUUUUGAUAUCUUUUAUUUAUCAUGGGCUGCACCUCAAGCCCAGAUAACAUCAUGCAUUGCGCUGGGCUGGCAUACUUGUGAUAAGAUGAUAGCUAAUGUUUCCUUUUUCUUUAAAAACAUACUUUGAGGGCUUUGUUGUGACUCUUUAUAAUGGACCAGGCAAUAAUGCUGAAAUGGGUAACCACUCAUUGUGUUUCAUGGUCACCCUUCAAGCAGGUGGCAUUGACACAGCUGUACAGUUAAAGUUUUUUCAUGGUGUAGUUGAGAUUCUUAAAAAUAUCUAUUUGCUCAUCUCUUUGGAUCUUCAACAGCUAAAAAGUUGAAGUGGGUUCUUGGGGGCUAUUUCAGAAGGAAAGGAGUUGUUUUCUUUCCGUGUCUCACAAAAAACUGCCUUGGCCCACAAAAUAUUAUUUGCAACAAUAUUCAACCAUUCCUGUUAGAGUUUCCCUCUGACUGUGCUCUGUUUCAUUUAUCUUCAGAAAGACUGGAUGACAAUGACCUCUAAAACCCUCAAUAAAUAUGUGCCCCCUCCCCGACAAGCAGCAUAAAAACAGAGGGUAAGAUGCUGAAAGGACAUCAGAAUGAAAACGUAUUCGCUUUAAGCUCCUACUUAUAUCACCCCAAAAAUGAAUGGCAUGUUCUUGUUACAUAAGGGUUUAACUUUUCAUCCCUUAAGAAGAGGAAGUCUUUUCAGAGGUCCCAUGGAUGCCCUUGAAGUGCUCCCCUCUUUAGUAUAUUUGCUGUUAUCAUCAUCAUCACAACAUUACAAGUGUGAAAGCCUCUGAAGAGGUGAUGGGUCGCUCUCUUCUAAUUUAAUCAUGUUUGAGGCAUAGACUGAUCAUUAUCUGGGACAGCUACAUAUUUUUAGCUGUUAUGUCCUUCAGAGUACCACCGUAUUUUUGAGGGCAAAAAAAGCUUUUUGCAGUCACUUGGAAGUGUUGACUACAAAUUUGAUUGGCCAAAUACCUCCUCUCCAUAACAAUAACCUCUAUGUAGUGAGGGGAUAUUUGGUUAGCUCCUGCAUAUACAGAAAUUUAGCAAGCCUGAUUCGUACCUGUUAAAAGAGAGGUUAAGGAAGCGAAUGUUGUGCUGCAGACCAGGUGGCAGCUUGGUUAGACCUCUGGAGGAACAGUCCACUAUGCGGUGUCCACGGCUGCAGAUGCAAACAGUGGGACAGAUGGACAGCACUAAACCUCCCAGCAGCCCCCACAGCAGCAGGAGGAGCAGGCAAAGCAGAGAGGCCGAGCAGGGAGGCAUGGUCCAGACUCUGGAGGAUAAGAGAGAGAUGGGAAGGAGAAGGAUAGGCAGGAAGAAAAGAAAAGGAAGUUUUCCAAAAUCAGAAUUGUGUUUAUUGGGCAGUCAUGGUCCAACAAUUUGGUCCAGGUGGGGCUUCAAAACUGUACAAUCAAUAGCUGUAAAAUUCAUGAGGGCAUUUGUGGUCCCUCCACAUUUUUUUCCCAAUAUCACCACCAGGUCAAUUCUCCAGUUAUUGAAUAAUUUAUUGCCACAUGCACCAAUUAGAACAGCACAAAAAUGUAGUUUUAUUGUCAGGUGCCUAAUUUUGUCUGUUACUUAGUUAUUGCAUGAGUGAGCUGCUGUUGUGGGGUUCUGUUGUUUCAUCCUGGUGCAACUCUGAUCGCCAAAAAUGUUGGUCUCAUAGACUCCAGGCUUAAAUCCAUUUGGCUGCUGCUGAUUUUCAUGGUCCUGUCUUUGGGAAUCGUCAGCUUUCCCUUGACAACCAUCUGAGUGAAUGUAAACUUCCUAACAUGCUCAUUCUUGAAGUACUUUACCAACCCUUCCUUUUAAAACUUUAGCAUCGCAGAGGUACUAAACAACUGCUCCUGUUAUAGUGAGUAGUCUUGAAUAUGGAGUGAAAGAGCUUUCAGCCCUCCAUGCGUGAACUGCAGCAUAAAAUGGUGAACAGUCUGAUUAUUCUGAACCUCACUUCAGACCUUCUGUCCGCUACAGUUCUGCUCCACAGUGGGACAGUUAGCUUAGCCCGUCUGCUCCUGAUGCAUUUUAAACCAGUGCUAGUCAUCCUGAGUGCCAGCCGGCUUGAAGCUCUGCCAGAGGGAUGGGAGCUCAGAGUGCUGCAGUGAGACCCAAUGCAUUCAGGACGAAACACUAAAUGUGUGUCUGCAACUGCAGCUGUACUCAGCUAAAGAGUGAAGGUCCAUGUGUGUUUGUGUUUCCUAAGACAGGACUUCAGAAGCCUUUUAUGUGUUCCAGAAAUUUCCUCCCUCCAUUGCGUCUUAUCCGAGGAUGGUGACGGAGGCUGAUGCUCUGAUGUGGCUGUAUCUCAAAUCACUUAAUUCCUUUGUGUAUUUGUAUAAUUCGUAAUAUUAUUUUUGUCUCCAUGGAAUUCUAAAAUCUGCAUAGUAACAGAGAAAGAAGAAUUUUCCCUUCGUUCACUGGUUUUAAAAGAUCAGUAUUUCAGAAUAAAAAUUUAUCACCACUUUUCCAGUCAGGUGUAUCUAGGUCAUAUGAUUUUCCUUUUUUGCCUUUGCUAAUCACUCACCUCAUCCUCCUCAGUGUCCCCCUGUCAUCUCUCCUUGUUUGCCGUCGUCUCCUCCUGCAGCUCAAGCUGUUUAGCUCCUUUUCCCCCUUCUGAUUCUCAGCUGUGUAGAGGUUUAGAGCUCAGGCUUUAUUUUCUAUCUUUGGUGGAAGUUACAGCGUUGUACUGAACAUGCUGCCAGCGAGAGACAGCCCCCCGUCCUACCCGGUGUUCUGCAGCCUCCCGAUGCAGCUCCAGGUUUGGAUCAGGAGAAGGUGAAAGAGAGAGAGAGAGAGAGAGAGGGGAGCUGCAGCAGAGAGCCAGCCCACUCUGCUGCUGAUAAAGCAAGCGAAAGCCACAGUGUGUGUGUGUGUGUGUGUGUGUGUGUGUGUGUGUGUGUGUGUGUGUGUGUGUGUGUGUGUGUGUGUGUGUGUGUGUGUGUGUGUGUGUGUGCUGACUACAGCAUGCCUCAGAGGAGCUCUCUCUCUUUAAUUCACAUGCAUUCGUAUCAACACUUACACUCUAUUCUAUUUUGGCUCUAAAUAAAAUGUCCACAGAGAAUCAUAACCAAUAGUUAUCUCCAUAGACCUGUUAGUCUCUUUUAUUGUUUUGGUUUACAGCAUACAACAGAGCCCCAGGCUUACUUUUUCACUUUCAAUCUGUUGGUUAAUCUUAUAGGUGAAAAAUACGUAUGAUGUCGUCAACUUCUUAUAUGCAAUCUUAAAUUUAAUGACCAAUCUGUUCCCCUCCCUGGAGCAAUUGAUUCCUGCACAUCACUGCGCUGGUUCAGGCCAACAAAGUGAGAUAAGAAAGGAGGUGGCAACAACCACUUAAACGAUAGUAAUCAGCUAAAAGCAUCACACUACAGGGCAUAAGAAACAAAAGUGCCAAUUUGUUACAAUUGAAGAGAAAGCUCUAAUAUCAAACACUGUCUUCAGGGCCCCCCUUUGGUGGAGGAAAAUAUUUCAAGCCUCCCUAACCUUCCAUAAACACACUGACACACAACUACACAUUUAUAUAGGACGCACAGCUCAACACCAUUUACUAACAGAUUCCUGCCCAUGGAGAACUUAUUCUUCAAAAAUACUUUAUUGUUUACUUUAUUGUGACCAGUCACAGUGUUAUGAACACCAGGGUAUUCUAAUGCAACCUAAUACACAGCUGUACCAGGAAUUCUACUUAAACAAAGCUUCAGCAUGACCAGGUUUUGUUGACAGUGUCAGAUAGUUGCUAAGUCUUCUUUAGAUUAUUUGUUGAAGUUGUGGUGGGUGUUGGUGGUGUUCUGGAGUACAUCAUCUGGAGGGUGUGUUUAAUAGUUUGAAAUGGACAAAAUAUGAGAAACUUUGCCAGUUUGCCACCACCCACAAUGUCUUCAAAGAUAAAAAUGAAAUACAGUAAUCACCUGUCUGAUCAUGUCGACAGAAACUAGACGCUUUCUUAAAGUAGAAUUGUUGAUCGAGCUGUUAGAAUGGAUAGCACUUGGUUGCUCAGGUGUCCAUAAUGUUGUGGCAGUGUCAGUGCAAGUCUCUUCAUGGUUUCUUUGAGUAGUUCUGAUGGAAACUGUCAUUGUAACAUGUAUCUUAAAAUCAAACUUGUGUCAUUAUUUAAACAUUCCUCUAAUUAUUUCAAGAUUUGGCAGUGUAGAACCUUUUUUCAACUCCUUAGGCCUCCCUAGGGGUUGCAAGCCUACAGUCUGGGAAUCAGAGGACAUAAUGAACCCUGAUAAAAUAUUGCUGUAGCAACAUCAAGGGUAAAAAUUUGACCCAGAACUGCAGUUCCUCAAGUUUCCACUUGAGGCGGUCUCCUGGAUUGAGUCAAGUGGGGUUGCUUUCUGCUUCUCAUUUCUCUUUUCAUGGAAAUUGUGAGAGGCCGAAUUUUUAUAUAACUUACCUGUUUGAUUGCUAUCAAGGCUCGGAGUGAUACAUAAUUGGGGGUGUAGUCUCUUUGAUUAGGUGGGAACUGUUAGCUGUCUGCUAGAUGUCAGUUCAACUAAUUUGUGUCGACUUACUAGGUACAAUAUGAGCUGGCCACAUAAAAACAAGAUAGGUGACAGCCUGAGUAGCAAUAUGGCAAGAUACAUUAGACUAAAUAUGCUUGAUUUAUUCACAGGGGCCUGUUUGUUAUAUCAUCUCUAUCAGUGCAGAGAAGAUUAAUGAAGCUUUGAAUUAUGAUAUAGUAAAGCUUUUCAAGCACAAAAUGACACUUUGUUAUAGUCUGACAGUAAAAACAAGGGUGUCUAUCAGUGAUUGUUGCUGACAAUUUUGAGUGGAUAAAAAUCAGCUGGAGCUUAUCUGCAUCCAAACUUUGUGACUUCCUUAUGUGGAUAUUUUAAGGCCAACAUAAAACUAGAAAAGAAAGGAAAUCAAACACAUUUGUCAAGUGUUGUAUGGUAGGUACACCAGCCAGUAGCACCGUAAGUACCACUGUAAUGAAGCCACUUUAGUGUGCAAUUAUUUUUGGAUUUCCCUGUCAAACCUUUUCAGGUAAUAAGUGAAAAUGCAGCUGUAGAUGUGUCCUGGGAUGUCAGUUUGUUUUCAGUUUGACACCCAAAACCCACAACCACAACCACCCAAAGAAAAAGAACGGAAACCACCCUCACAUGGUUGCUUCCUGAACUAUUUAUACUCUAGUUUUCUUACAACAGUAAAGCAGAAACAACCAAAAAUCUACUUAAUAUUAUCUUUACACAAAUUAACUUACUGUUAAAAAGAAGAAACAGCUGAUGCAGAUUUAACAAAAAAAAAAAAAAAACUCAAAGUAUAACUUAAUGAGCCAGGCUGCACAGGUACCAAUAUUGUAACUUCAGUUAAAUACUCUACAAGGUCUUCACCACUUUCUACAAACAUGGAUUUUAUUUUUGCCAAUUUAAUCCAAGAUCUAUUGUUUACCUAACAUCUUGCAAAAAGAUAUGUUUCUGAAAAUGGACAGAACAGUCCAAUGUAACUGCACUACAUUUUAGUUUUUUAAUUUUCUUUAUUUAUUUAAUGAUUUUAUUUUUAUUUUAUUUUAUUUAUUUGUUUAUUUUUUAUUUAUUGAUUUUUAUUUUUUUUUAUUGAAGUGUGUUUGAUUGCCCAAGUCAGCCACUAAGAGUGGUCCAGAAUAAGGGUGUAGCUGGGGGCUCAAAGUGCUGAGUAUAUGGAAGAUCGAGUGUCUGGCUGAUAGUCAUACAGCGGCUUCUGUUUUAUAAUGGCAGUGCCUACACUUCAGAUGGUACUCUCUUGUACCCAUAAUUGCACAAGCUUUAAAAAUAGGUGUCAGUUUGAAAAAUGCAGAAGUCGGGUUCUGAGAAAUACCUCUUUUUUUUUGUAAAAGAAUUUUUAAUGAAACCUGUACACCAUAAGACUUGGACAAAAGGCGGACAGUCACUCACAUUUAGCCACUUUGUAGCCACAGAAUACAAGAUUAUGCAAAGACUGAGUAACUUACAGAAUUGCCAACAACUGUAGCUGAUCCUUUUAACAAGUGGUUUAUGCUGUCUGACUGUAUUGAGCCCAAAAAAGCUUGGCGGACUGCUUCUAGCUUGUAAAGGUUAAAUGAAACAAGUCAUUCUAACACUGGGUUUACAUACAAGGAGUGUCCAAAUCCAGUAUCCCAUUAAGAAAGAAUUCACUGCAGAAGGUGAAAAAAAUGCAGUUCAGACUACCACAAAUGUCCUCCUGUGGUAUUCCACAAAAGCCUAGGAAGUCCCAUUAACACUGAUGUUAAUGAUCCACUUGCACAGCAGAAUUGAACAACUUUACAGCCUGGCACAAACAAAAACUGUGAUUUUUGAGAUAUAUAUUCAUUCAUAUAAUUAGGGACAUGGCUGAUGUUAGUAUAUCUCAGUAUAUAUAUUUUUUGCCCGUCCGGAGACUAUGAGCUCUAGUUAGUCUUAAACUUGUUAGAUCUUAUCUGGCUACCAAAAAGAAAAAGACUAAGGUAUCUCCAACUGAGUUUUCUGAACACCUCAUUCCAGAAAAUUGAGAAAGAGUGCAAUUAAACUUGCAACUCAACUAUUGAGGCCUUGUUAUAUAAUAGUAUAUUUGCAGCUUUUAGAAAGUCUUUGGAUGUAACAAGCAAAAAUUGAAAUAUAAUAUUCAAACAUAAAUAGAAUUAUUUGUGUUCAGUGCAUCACAUCCCUGUGCAUACUAGGGUGGUAUUUUGCAAUCUAAAGGUGAUUUUUUUUCACAAUAAAAUACAACACGAGUCCAGGGAAAGCCCGUAAAUCCAAGAGACAUAAUUUGCUAAUUGUUAUUAAGUACUGCUUGAAACUGAAGAAGCCUGGCUUAUGAUUCAUGCACCAUACGUUACACAAAUAUGAGGAUCUGAAACUGUGAGUAAAAUUUGGUAAUAGAUGAUAACGCAUCUGCAUCCUCACUGAAAGUUCAGAUGAUGUAUCUCAGUGGGACCCUCCUGGAUAGAUAACGGAUAUUCAAAGUUGAAAGCAGUUUUCUACUGCUGUAUAGUGCAUAACUCCAACCGUUGCUAUGGAAACCCAGAUGAACAUCAGUUCUCUUUUGAUGUACUCAAACUUGUUCGAGUUAGUCAACUUCCUGUGUUUUCAGUCACACUUGUUGCUGCUAGAGACCAGUAAGCUGAAUGCAUUUAGCGAGUUGGGUUAAGGUUCACUUAAGGUUGCCCAAGACCAUUACUCAAUUGUACUGGAACAUUUUCUACAUCACCAGUUGGAGUAGUUGGACUUGCAAGGCUGUUUUGGCUGGGUUUCGGAUCUUCUGAAUCGGUAUUGGUGGUCAGUGGGUCUUCGGUUUGAGCAGAGGGCUCUGAUUUUUCACUGGUUCCUGGAGUGUCCCCUUUGUUUUCUACAUUAGCUACAGCCGUUCCAUUACUUCCUGUUACACCAUUUCCAUCCUUUUCUUGACCAAACGUACUGCCCUUGUUUUGAUUUCCAAAUGUAGAACCAGGUGUCAAAUCUUCCAUCUCUUCUGCUUCUUGAAGCAAAGACAACCUUUUUGACAACCUCUGAGGCAGGAAGCUGGACAAGGAAAUCCUGUUGGAUGACCGGAGUUCCACCUGGCCAUUUUCAGCUCCUCCAUCUAGAAAUGGGGAUGGUCCGGCCCAGUCUUUGGUUGUUAUCUGCUGCUUCUUAAGUUUCCGUUUCUUUAAGUAGAUGAUCAGGAAUCCUACCAUCAUCAAUAUCAGGGCUCCUCCUAUUAUCCCUGCCACUGCUUUACUGUCACCUGAUCGCUGUGUAUGCUGAUCUUGUCUUUUGUUUGCCUUGGUUGUGUGGAUGAAUGGGGUUUUUGUGGUUGCCUUUGGAGUUUUAAACAAACUUGUGGACUCUGUUGCUUCUCCACCAAUGGCUGGGCUUGAAUUUCUAGACGCAGUAGAUGCAGUUAAAGUAGAAAUCGGAUGUGUGAACCCAGUUGAAUGUGUAGAUGAUAGGGUGUUUUCAUUGCUGGUGAAGGAGGAGGUUGACAUCUUUCCUGUGUCUUGACUUUGGGUGGAGUUGCUUUUAACUUCUGUUGAUGCUGAAGCUGUAGUUUGGCUGCUGGCUUUGCUGGUCAUCCCUGGAGUUUUUGGUGUAGUUCUUGUGUCUUUGCUUUGGGUGGAGUUGCUUAUAACUUCUGGUGAUUUUGAAGCUGUAGUUAGGCUGCUGGCUUUGCUGGUCAUCCCUGGAGUUUUUGGUGUAGUUCCUGUGCCCAAGGUGGAGUUUUUUAACGAAGGCGAUAGGAUAUUUGUUGGUGUUAAGAUAUUUGGUAAGAAAGUCUUGGAGAAGGGAGUCGGGGUGGUUUGCAGUGAAGGUUUACCACCUGAUUCUGUGGUUUUUUCAUCAGUUUUGGUUGGCUGCAUAAUGUUCAGACCAGAGACCUCUGGAGUUGGAUAUAUGCUGGAAGAGUUCUUUUUUUCUGUCUGGUUGGGAACCAUCACUUCAGUGACAGUGACAUUAGGAUUCUGGCUAGAGGUCACUGCCCUGCUUGCUGUGAGUUGCAGCAGCAAUAAGAAAAUGAAGCCAGAGAAAUCCAUGGCCCCGUUUUUCUUCUGUCAGGUUAAUGGUCUUUGUUGCUAAAACAGAGGAAAUGAUUUGUCAGAGAUGAACUGUAUAGAAAAUGAAGCAAUGUUCUCUGAUGAAGAAAUGGAUAAAGGAAGUUUUGAUAGGGUUGCGAAAUGUAUCUUGUGUUGCUUCAGUUCCUCAAAAUCAACUCUGAAUAGACUUCUAUUUUAAGUGUGCAUACUCGGGCUGUUCAUUAUCGUUUCAUCUACAGAUUAUUGUACAACAAAUUGAACAGCUGAUAAGCCCAAAAAUAUCAUAAAAUUAGAAACAUACCUAUCAUAAUUUCUUUGCCCCCUAAGGAGCUUAAGCUUGGCCAUGAUAGAUAUGUCCGAGUUAGGAUAUGUGUUACAAGACACAGCAAAAUGAACAUGUUUUCUUUGAGUUUUAAGGUAUAUAAUGUAAAAGCACUUCUAUUGAUACAGCCCAAAAGACAGUAAAGACAUACAUUACUACACCACUGAAAACAAACAUCAAAAUUGUUUUGAGUGUCACUCAGUUGGAAAGACAGUAGUCUGCUCUUAAUUAGUUAAAAAUGAAAUAUAUCAGUAAUGUUUUCAGUGUAGUUAUUUAUUGAACAAAACCAGCUUCUCUAAGUACCUCUGCAGAGCCAUAUCCUCUUAGUUUACAUUACUAAUAGAAAAAGUCUAUUUCAAUCAAUUUUGCCACCAUAGUUAUUAUCUGUCUUUUGUAUUUUUUUUUGUCAAAUUCUGCUAAUGUUUUCUCCUGUUUAUAAGCUGGAACCAUCAAAUAUUUAACAUUUUUUGCUGCCCAAAUAACGAAAAUGAUUAUUGCAUUAUUUAAACUUUUUGGUUAUUAAUUUUCUUCCUGUUAAUGAAAUAUUGAUUCAAAUAUUUUUUGCAGCUCCAGCACCAUAUCUGAAACCAAAAAGUGUUUUUUGUAAAACUCAGAUUCUGAGUUUACUUUUGUUUUUUUCAUGACCCAUAACCACCAUUGUUCUAUCUAAAUUACCCCAGAAGUCAUUAAGUUCUGAUGACUGGAUUGUUUGAGUCCAGUUAAUAUAAAAUCUAAGUUUUCUUUGUACAAACAUAUUACAGCCUUUUGGUAUACUUAGCCCUGUUUUUUUGCUCCAGCAUGAAGAUUUUAAGUGCACAUUCAAGUCAAAAUUUUUCAAUUUAACUAUCCAAAUCUACUUACCAGUUGGUGAAGUGAAUUCAGUAACUCCUCAGCUGUGUUCUUCAAGAAGGAUGUAGUUGGCGAAGUAGAACGGUCAUUGGCUAUUAUGGUGCUGCGUUCUGUAAGGAUAUCGCUCACUGAAAGCAGGAACUAGAUGCAUGGAGGACUAAAAUCUUUAGACGUGGUGUCUUGCCUCACUUAACAGGAAAUGUGUCAUUUGAAACUGAUGACAGCCCAACACUUUCUCAGUCUGUUGUGCCAAACAUAGUAGUUCAAGUUUCACACAUCUGUGAGGCGUUUAUGAAACACUGAAUUGGACAAACCUUAAUUGAAACACAGCUAAGCCUUGUAACUCAAGUUUUAACAACAACCCAAGAGUAAUUGAAUUAGAUAUAGAUAAAAGGAAAUCUCUAAAUCGCUUCAGAAUGUUUGUAUACUCAAUAUGUCCAGUUAAAGUCUACUUGAAGUCAGAUUGUUACCCUUAGUGUCUGACAUUACAGAAAGUAUCUUUGCAAAGACCCUCUUGCAAAAGAAGGAAAAUAUUUUUUAACAAAAAACUGCUGUUACAUAACUCUCCACGACACCAGACCAUGGUUAAUAAAAUAAUAAGUUAAAAAAAAAAAAAAAACAGUAUAUUUUAAGCAUGUGGAGCGUGGGAGUUGCUCAACGGAAUACAACGGAAAUGGGCUUUAUGUAACACUUAACCGAGUCUUCUGACCGCUCAAAGCCCAUCUACAUAACAUCUCACAUUCAUCCAUUCUGCUAUGUCAACACCCAUCAGUGUUUGUGAGAUGCCCAUUUCCUCCUCUGAGCUACAGACACAUCUUUUACGGCAGACUUCCAAUCCAUCACUAAAUUCAUUAAUGGCAGAAAUACAUUACUGAAGUUUAUGCUUUGGCACAGCAGAGCUUUAGUUCGUGCAGACUUACCUCAAUCUAAUUUGGUUACACCUUGAGUAAAACCCCCCAAAAAAAUGAAGUCACAGACUUCAUUUGUUAUUAAUCAUUGACAUGAAGUCUUGCACUGUGAAAUCUGCAUAGCAGUUUCUCUUGGGUGUUUUAUUGUAUCUGCUUUGCUCUACCUUCAUUUCUGUGAUGACUUUCAUUAAACCAUUAAUCUUUAUUAUUCGUACUUGAACACUGUCAAAGGAGGUCAAUCCAGUUAUAAGAAAUGUCACUUGAAUAAUUACCACUCAUUCACACAAUGGAAAAAAUAUUUAUUCAAUACCUUAACAUUUUCAAAAAGUUCUUUACAAUUUCACUUAUAGUAAUGCAAGAACAGUAGUUUUUUAAAGGAAUGCAGCGAUAGAAACAUCUUAAAGCCAAACUAAGAGAAGUGAAGUUUAAAAGACAUUUAUUAAACAGCAAGCACAGUUAGACUUUUUACCCAACUUCAUGAACAUCAUUUUAAUGUAACCUUUAUAGAAGUUAGGACUAUUGCCAGGGCAAUUAUGUAUGUAUCUCUGGAUCCCUUUUAGGAGUAUGUAAAGCCACAUAUUCAGCAGUUUUCUCAAUUUAAAUCAAUAUUCACUCUCAGUUACACCUCAUAAUUUUGUUGUACAUGUACAAUGACAGUAAAGAUAUUCUUCUUCUUCUUCUUCUUUUUCAUAUCUUAGAAUAAGUCAUGAUCUUAUGAAACAGAUGCGAAAAAAGGUACAAAAGUCAUGUUGGAUGUUUUAUAAUUACAUCUUAAGUAAUUCUCAUGAAACAUUAAAAAAUAUAAUUUUUUUCCACUUUAUAUCUUAGAAAGCAAAGAAGAUUUAAUUUUCCUUUAGGAUCAAUAAAGUUCUUGUAUUUGUACUUGCAUCAGUGCAACACUGUCAAGUAUUUUCCACAAUAUGCAACACAUGAUAACCAACAUUAAAUGACCCCAAAAAUGUUGUGUAGCGUUGAGUUUUUGAAGAGGCUGUUCUGUACCAAAACUAUAAAUGAACACACCAUCGAAAAAUGGAAACUUUUUAAGCUGCAUUCUCACCACAGAAACUCCACUCAUUGGUCCAGCUCCUGCAGCCUUUUAUUUCUCUGUCAUUGUUGGUGGUUUUGUUGUAUUCCUAAAACAUGGCUUUUCGUACAACAGGAACUGACUGAUCUUUCCUGAUCUUUAGGCAGCAAUGGAACACAAACAAGCUUGAAGGAACCAUUUCCAUUCAUGCAAAUUUUCCUGGGACAAAAAAUUCCAGCUACUCUGGGAUGAUCACAUUUUAAUUAUUUUAUAGUUGCUUUAUAAAAGUAAAGCCAAGUUUAAUCCUGUCCUUUGCCCUUUGCUGCAUGUAGCGCCAUUUCUCUUUCCCUUCCUAAGUUAAAAAACGGUUGUUUUUUUUAAAUAUUUCUUCCAUACUUAAUUUUAUAUGGGCACCAAAACGUGGAUAUCCCCCAUCCCCAAUUAGUCAUUUUGAAUUAGGUCCAGCAGCCCUUUGUCUUACUGAAAUUUUGGUUAACAAAAUCUGUGAGUCAAAAACCUGUAAAGAACAUCAAUAAAACCUGCCACCGCAACAAGGCGGGGUUACCUUCUUAAACAACGAGAGGCAUGUCCUCUAGAUCCCUGGGAACCUCCAAACAGGAGUCCCUGGAGCUGGAGGUCUGCAUCUGAAUAGCCUUGUCUUCAGGUUCAAAAGUCAUUGCCACAGCUCCUUCCUCCUGCCCUGCGUCAACCUCCUUUGUUAUUUCGUCCUGAUACUCUUCCUCCAUCUUGCUGUCUGCUUGUACCUCCUCCAGCAUGACACUGGCAUCACACGGACCAAUCAGUCCUUGAGCCUCCGGACGGUCAUCACCCCAGUAGCCUGCACUUCCCACUAAGUCCAUGUUGGACCUGGAGGUUCUUGGGGCAUGAACCCGGCGCUGAAGGUGCCAGACCUGCCAUGCCAGUACCACAGUGGCAAUCAGCAGGCAGACAAUCAGCCCCCCGGCUGAUCCCAAAGCUAUCAGUCCCAUCUCGGUGUCAAUCAGGCAGUCUGCUCGGGUCUCAUUUGUGUCUAUAUCGAAAGAGUUUGAGUGGUCGAUGGUAGCAGAGUUGGGCCCCAAAGAAGGGGUUAAGCUGAUACCUUGAUCGUGUGUUUCAGAAGAAUACUGCUGUGUGGUUGAAAGGUCUGCUUCAGUAGGACGAAAAGGGAGCUGGUUUAGGAGGAGAAACAGCCAGAAUGUCCCGAAGCUUUCCAUCAUGCUCUGAAAUAAUGAAACAUUUUCAGAAAGAGGGAACAAAAAGACUUUUUCACUUACAGCAUGCAAAUCAAGCAGCAAAGUUUAAUUUUAAAUGCACGUGAACACUCUUGGUCAAAAUCAAGGUGCUACAUGUAAAAGAAAAAUAACUUUAUGAUUAAGUUUGCCAUUCAAGAAGUUUCAGCUGUAGCGUGCUCAAAAAGAAGCAGUAUUUUCUAAAUUUCAUUGAAUACUUACUUAUUGUAGUCUUGUUUGGAGGUUUUGGUGAAGGAACGCCGUGAGACACCAGCUGCAGUCAGACUUAUGUCAACUCUAAGCUAACUUCCUGACCCCCUAUGUGGGUCUAUCUCUGGUCUGGUUAUUUAGGGGCUUCUGGUCUGAUACCACAGAAACUGAAGAGCUCUUACAAGAGACGAGACACAGAAAGAGAGAGCGUUUCUUAGUGCGAAAAGAACUUCAACUAGUGACACAAACAACAUUAAAACCCAACCACCCAAUACAUCACUAUUAUGGUCACAGCGUAACAUUGUAAGGCUUCAAUGGUGAUUUCAGCUUUUGUGUUUUGUCUAUCUCUUUUCUUUAGAUUUAAAACCGGCCAAAUUAAUGGAGACCUCCUCAUCUAUCAUGUCCUCCUCACACUGAAGCCCUACUAUGCUAAACCCUAUGAGAUUGUGGUCGACUUAACUCAUGUGGGACCCAGCAAUCGCUUCAAGACUGACUUUCUGUCUAAGUGGUUUGUGGUGUUCCCUGGCUUUGCCUAUGAGAAUGUAGCAGCUGUAUAUGUAUACAACUGUAACACCUGGGUGAGGGAGUACACCAAGUACCACGAGCGGCUUCUGACGGGGCUGAAGGGAAGUAAACGGCUCCAGUUCAUCGACUCUCCAGCUAAGCUUGCUGAGCACAUCGAACCUGACCAGCAGAAGCUGCCUGCAGCCACCUUGACUCUCGAGGAAGACCUUAAAGUGUUCCACAAUGCCCUUAAACUUGCCCACAAGGACACCAAGGUCUCCAUAAAGGUGAGGAUGCAACCACAGUUCAAAAAAGUUCGAAGUUUAAUCAAAAGAAGGGAACUGGAUUUAAGUAAUUCUUGGGUUUCUUAAAUAUAUAUAUAUUUUUUGUAUUGGUCAGGUGGGCUCAACAGCAGUCCAGAUAACCUCAGCUGAGCGCACCCGCGUCCUUGGCCAGCCAGUCUUCCUCAAUGACGUAUACUACGCCUCAGAGAUUGAAGAAAUUUGCCUGGUGGAUGAGAGCCAGUUUACCCUAACCAUGGCCAAUCAGGGCACGCCGCUCACAUUCAUGCAUCAAGAGUGCGAUGCCAUCGUCCAGUCCAUCAUCCACAUCCGGACACGGUGGGAGCUGUCCCAACCAGACUCCAUCCCCCAGCACACCAAGAUCAGACCCAAAGAUGUUCCUGGGACUCUGUUGAACAUUGCUCUGCUGAACCUUGGCAGCUCAGACCCCAGCCUCAGGUCAGUGCUGUAGGGCACUGUGACUUUCUUAAACACUCAAGCGGUGGCCAUAUUUCCAAACAAGCUUAAAAAAGGGGGGCGUAAUUGUGGCUGAAAUAUCAGAAUUGUUUGUGAUACUGAUAACAGGAUUGGUUUUUGGAUUCUAAAUUGCUCCUGAACGGUGCACCAGUGAGCUAGCCAAUCAGUGUCUCAAUAGUGUCUCAAAUUAUAAUUUGCCUGCGCUUUGAAAAAAAUCAAAUUAUCGCAGGUCAACAAAGAACAAAGGUGCUGGAGCAGAGUUUGAAUUUGGUCAAAUUUCAGUAGUUAGUGUUCCCCAUCAAAUAUAAUGCAUGAUAUUUAUUUUGCUAGCGUCAGAGGGGGUCUUAAUUUUAGCAGAUAGUUUUUAGAUAGCAGAUAGUGUUAAUCUGCAGCAUUCUGUGUGGCGUUAUUGUUGUAUCAAACGUGCUUUAUGAAUUAAGUCUGAUGAAUGAUUGUUAAUGGUAUCAAGUUAGGAAGACUGUUGCUGCCCUUCUCUUAACAUCUAUGGCUUGUUAUCCUUUGAACAUCUAGGUCCGCAGCUUACAACCUGCUGUGUGCUCUAACCUGCACCUUCAACCUAAAGAUCGAGGGGCAACUGCUGGAGACGUCUGGUCUCUGCAUUCCCGCAAACAACACACUCUUCAUCGUCUCAAUCAGCAAGACUCUGGCUGCCAAUGAACCCCAUCUGACUCUGGAGUUUCUGGAGGAGUGCAUCUCGGGCUUCAGCAAGUCCAGUAAGUUUUGGAGAGCCGAGUUGUGUUUGUAUCUGUCCUCUGUAUUAAGAUAAAGUAACUUGACCAGCAGGCAACUCACCACACUGAGAGUGUUUACAAAGUCCUUUUUAAACGUUAACCUCUAUUGAAAUUACCAUAGCAACAGCAUUGUAGCAUAAAUUUCAUAACCUGUAGCUUAUAGAUUUUACACAUGAGAAGUAUUUGAAAUUAUUGCAAAAAGAUUGCAGCAAGGUUUAAAAAAACACAACUCCGAUACUUUCGUCAAUGGAAAUGGAUUUUUAAGUUAUGUAUUAUAAUAGCUUAGGCUGCAUAGAUUUUACGGAUGUGAAGUAUUCAAAACAAUACUAUUUAUGAUUGAAAUAAUCAUAAAUAGUCAUGUAGGUAUUUAUCAUCUAAUUUCUGUUGCAUAGAAUAUUCCUGCCUCUCCUUCCAACUUCAAAAUCCUCCUUAAAAAAAGUUUAGAAAUACAAUCAAAGUUGUGUAAUGCUGUGACUGAUAUUGAGAUGAUCCGCCCUGGCUGUAUGUGAUAUAGUGAAUUCAAGACGGAGUUGUGUUAAUUAGAGGUGUUUUGUUGUUCUGUGUCAGGUAUCGAGCUGAAACAUCUCUGUCUUGAGUACAUGACACCCUGGCUGCUCAACCUGGUCCGCUUCUGUAAGCACAAUGAUGAUGCCAAACGCCAGCGUGUCACCGCCAUUUUGGACAAACUCAUCACCAUGACAAUCAAUGAGAAGCAGAUGUAUCCCUCCAUCCAAGCUAAGAUUUGGGGCAGCCUGGGCCAAGUGAGUCCUGUACAUCUUCAGCUUUCUGAGUGAAAAGCAUUUAUGUGGAUUUAACCUCUGACACUCUCUCUCUUUCUUGUUUCUCAGAUAACAGACCUGCUGGACGUGGUGCUGGACAGCUUCAUUAAGACUAGCGCCACAGGAGGACUGGGCUCCAUCAAAGCAGAGGUCAUGGCUGACACUGCGGUGGCUCUGGCUUCAGGGAAUGUUAAAUUAGUCUCCAGCAAGGUGAGACUCUGAGAUGAAAUAUCUGCCAGGUUACCUGUGUUUAGAAUGUUAAUGAAGUGUAGAGAUAUUCAAGUAAUGCUGACAAACUGAUGCAAAAAAAAACUGUGAAUACUUUCAUGUUAAAUGAAAAAUAUGACCAGACUUAAUUCAUAUAGUGCUCUCUCCCUUUCAGUACUUUAUAAUAUGUGAAUUACCAAAUCCCUAGAUCACUUCCAAAAAUGUAAGUUUUAACGAGCUUCACAGGGGCACUAAGAUAGAGUAGGAGGGUCAUAACUUAAGGGACUGAUAAAGAGAUCACUGACUCAGCUCAUCUUAUCCUAUAUAUGUUUCUAAUUCUCAAUGACAUGACACUGCAUGGCACAUUCACCCUAUAAAACUCAUGAGGCGCUACACAUGGAUGUAAUGCCUCAUGAGGUCAAUAAUUUAUAUGCCCAUUCACACGUGGACCAACAGCCAUGUCUUUGAAAGGAGCUGGGUGGGUUGUCUGCCAUGGUCAAGGAACUUCUGGCAAGUGGGGGAGAGCUAGGGAUUGAAACACUGACCCAUCAAGAGGAGAACACCCCACUCUACCUCUGCUUACAUUUACUGUCAUGAAUGACACAGAAUUUUAAUCCAACCUAUUGUUCCAUACAGAUAAACAAAACACACAUUUUCUCCAAUAUGUGUGCAAAAGUUAAGGAUAGUAAAUUCAGUAUUGAAGACUUAAAGGCCAAUACCAUGUUUUAAGUCAGUGUUGUACUCAUAGCAAGAAGUUUUCAAAUGCUGCAGAGAGAGUUUGAGGAAGAAGUAACAAUGCUGCAGCAGCAAAAACCACAUGAUAUCCUGAAUCUGACCACAAUACGGGAAAGAACUUGUACAGGAAACUGUUCAGCUGAAUUAUCCAGUUUGUUUUGACACUAAAAUCUGUGUCAAACCUUUGUAAAAGAUGGCUUUAAAUUUACCAUGUCAAUCUCUAAAUUCAUCAGAAAAUGUACUAAAAUAAUAAUUUUCACUUUUAGAUUGUAAAACACUUCUUGAAACUUCAGCGCUGUAUUUAGUUUCACAUCUCUAAAACUUCCUUCCCUGACUGAAGAUAAAAAGCUUUCUAUGCAAACACCAGUGUUCUCACUCUCACAGAAAACAUUUAAUUUCCUCACAUAGAGCUAAAAAAAAACCUUAUAGUCUCAGUUUUACAAGUCCCACAAAAGUUGGCUGUAUGUCUUACUACAACACUGUAAACACAGAAUAAAGAGAUCAAAACGUGAUUUCACACAAGGAGAUAACACAAGAGUUGAAACAAUGCUGAAAGUGGAAGUUUUUUGAAGCCUCAAAUGUUUUAAUGAUAAUUUUAGAUUUGUAACAGAACAAUAAUAAUGAUAAUUGAUUAACUAAUUUUGAUCAAUUUGCCUCUGAUAGACAAAAUCAGCUCUCGAUGUAUUUAUCAUUUGCUGACAUACUUACCUAUUACUGGGGUAAAAAUAAAUCCAAAGCUGUGAAUCCCUCCUGACUCAGAGUAUCCAAAGAGACAGACUCAUCCUCUCACCAUCCAUCAUCUGUGGGCUCUGAUUGCUCAGAAACACAAACUCAACAUACAGACAGACACAAUAGAAAAGCCAGGCCCUGGCUCCUAUUAUCGCAGACAGCAGCUCUGCUGUGAAUGGUGACCAUUGUGAGGACUGUUGAUUAAGAAAACACUCUCAGUGCUUAACUUUGAGUGCUGGAACAUCAGUAGUUAAAUGCUAAUUUUGACCAUAGGGUUAUAAGGUUAUCAUUUUAAAGUUUUAGAACAAGUUAACAUGUCUGAUAGGCCAUACAUGAGCCUUUUAGCUGGUGUUAUCCUCACAGUUACAGUCUGAUGUCAUGGCAGGACAGCCAGCUGAAACAAAGGAGCCUUGUUUGUGCCUCUUGAACUCUGUGUCACCCAGAGCAGAAUAAAUGCUAUUUUCUAACUGCCCGUAAGCACCGACAUAUUGUGUAUCAGCUCCAUGUCCAAAAAGACAUGCACAGUGUUAAAAGCAGCUCUCCACUGUGGUUUACACUAUUAGUCUGAAUUCUCACAAAGGUGCUUUAAUAAAUGCUGUCGAUUUAUUAAAGCGUAGAGUUAUUCUACAACUUAUUCAGAAUAAUUCACACGAAAUACAGAUGGAGAGUUACCUGCGUUACCUGUGCUUAACUGUUUGUUGAAAACAAACUGAACCAUUCUUACUCAUUGUCAGUUUAGUGAUUAAAAGAUAAGUGAAGUUGCCCUUACCCUUAUUGUAGGUAUUGAGCUCAUAUUGAGCUGUCAUCCUACAAAGCAGUGUUUUCAGUGGAAAAACUCACUUAAUACUGGAAGCAGCUACCUCACUGAGGAAUUAAAUUUAAGCCUGCAACUCCUCCAAUGUCCACAGGGGGCUGUCCCAAAGUGAGUAAAGCCCCAUAGAGUUCCAUGUAAAAAAAUGUCUAACUUUGCAGCAGAAAUAAACAUGAUUACAGCCUGGCAUAGAAGAAACCAGUUCCAUCUCUAUAGCUGGUUUCACUAAAUGGGGCUAAAUUUGUACAUAAAUCAUCUGCUACAGUUAUAUUAAGGCUUAAGGUUUUGCAUAAUUCAGGCACAUCCUCAUGAAGCAGCUAGCUGUCUGCUUGGUCUAGAUGUCAUUUUCAUAUACAGUCACUUCUGAUUCCAAAUAACCAGCAAAGCAGCAGCAGAGAGACCUUAUUUUAAUAGAAAGAGGCUUCUGUACUUAAGUUUUUAAGAUGUGCCUUAUCACAUUUAAAGUUAUAGAACUAAAUCAGCACUUUGCCAUGGAGAAAGAGGAGAAGCUAACAACAAAACCCCGGCACAUUGUUGAAAGAAGGCUAUAUCUAGUCUGUGUCAGGUCUCAGCCCAUCUAAUGACUCGAGUUUAAGAAGAUAACUCUGUAUAUUUAUAUGGAAACCCUGUGACCUCUCUUUUUAGAAACUACAGAGUCACUAUCCUUUCCCUAUAUGUUGGUGGUUCCUUAAGUUACCACUUCUUAGUUGUUGUUUUUGUGCUUAAACAUGGUAUUUAAAGAAGGUGUUUGACCAGGGCACUCAGUUUGGUUGGUAUAUUCCACUGAAUACAUAUUGCGAAAGCGUCCAUUCACUGAUUCUUUGUUGUUGUUUUUUUGUUUGUUUAUUUUUUUUGCAGGUAAUUGGCAGGAUGUGUAAGAUUAUAGAUAAAACAUGUCUGUCUCCGACGCCCACGCUGGAGCAGCACCUGAUGUGGGACGACAUCGCCAUCUUGGCCCGCUACAUGCUCAUGCUGUCCUUCAACAACUCCCUGGAUGUGGCGGCUCACCUGCCGUACCUGUUCCAUGUGGUGACCCUGCUGGUGGCCACCGGGCCUCUCUCCCUCAGGGCCUCCACCCACGGUUUAGUCAUCAACAUCAUUCACUCCCUGUGCACCUGUUCACAGCUCAACUUCAGCGGUGAGGGCUUCAUUCAGCUGGUUAAUGAGGCCUGAUUGAAGGCAUUAGUUAGAUUUAACAGUCUCAUUGUGAAUGGGAAUAAUGGAGAUCAGUGGGUUUUUUUCAGGUCUGUUUGACCUGAUAUAUGCCUUACAACUCUGACAUAAUUUCACUUUCCACAGUAGUAACUCCAAAUGAAUACGGCUCCUGAUACUGUAAAAUUGACUUUUGCUAUUACAUAUGUUUUUUUUUUUUCAAAAUCAUCAAUUUUUAGAGUUUGUUGAAGCUGCUGUAAUAAACCCAUAAAACCUGUUUUUCAGAACCUUCAGCAUCCCUUGCACCAUUUAUCCGCAACUCCACAGAACAACUAAAUUUUGAUUGUUUUUUCUGGCACCUCAGCCCAGUUGUUUUAAACAUUUCCUUAUGCUUACAGUUAUAGCUGUUUAACCAUUACCUUGGGGCAGCUAUCUGAAGCAUUGAUCCAGUACGUAGAGACUAUUACUAACAUUUAUCUGUUACUUUGAGAAAAUUACUGAAUCAGGGUACACACUACAAGAUAAUUGUCUCAAAUCAGAACCCCCUGAAGGCACAGGCUUAAUCUUUAUGAUUGGUUUUCAAGAGUUGUAAUCUUUACAGAUUUGUCAUUUGUUGUGUUGAAUGUUCACAUGAUACAGCGGACUUAACUGAUGAGAUUUAAAAUAUUAGAUAAACAACUCUGAAAACUGAUGUAAAAGCACCCACUGGAUCAUAUGUGCCUCUGGUUGGAAGUUACGAGUGUUGAGGACUGAAAUAAAAGCAACUGGAAAGGAAGAAGUACUCUACAUGACGUUUUUAUAACAGCAGAGGGCAAGAGCCAAUAAUAGAUGCACAAAAUUCAGAAAAAGCAAAAUGAGUCACAAAUACUGAAUGUAAAUGUUUGUUGUCGUCUUUGUUUUCAGAGGAGACAAAGCAGGUCCUGAGGCUGAGCCUGACUGAAUUCUCCCUGCCAAAGUUUUACCUUCUGUUCGGCAUCAGCAAAGUGAAAUCAGCCGCUGUCAUUGCCUUCCGCUCCAGCUACAGAGACCGCUCCUUCUCCCCGGGCUCAUAUGAGAGGGAGACAUUCGCCCUGUCCUCUCUUGAAACUGUCACUGAGGCCUUACUGGAGAUCAUGGAGGUCAGGAGAGAAAAUGAAGCUCACUCAAAGUUCGUUUUUCAUCUUCAAAGAUUCAUUCUUUUUUCUUUGUAACUUCUUGUCUUCAGGCCUGUAUGAGAGACAUCCCAGCCUGCAAGUGGUUAGACCAGUGGACAGAGCUGGCACAAAAGUAUGAACCUCCUCUGUCUCCUAUUUUCAAAAAUUUAAUGUGCGGUUUGGGGUGCAUGUGUAAUUAUUUAUGUGUUUGUUUUCUAGGUUUGCCUUCCAGUACAACCCAUCCCUGCAGCCCAGAGCUCUAGUUGUGUUUGGCUGUAUCAGUAAGAGAGUGAGCCAUGGUCAGAUCAAACAAAUCAUCCGGAUCCUCAGCAAGGCCAGCCCUCUGCUCAGCAUCGACCGGGUGAGCAUACACUUUCACAUUUACAAACUCUCUAUGUGAGUGUUUCUAACUUGAACUCUUUUCUAUAGAACCUUUAUAGCCAUUGGUUAAUACAUCUACUUAACAGGUAUCGUAUAAGUGUUCAGUCUUUUUAUAAAAGUUAGUCAAAGUGGGGACCUGCCCUUAAUAGACUGAAACCAUAAUCUCUUAAUCAUUUGUAAGAACUUUCUGUGUAGUUCCAACUUAAGAUUUAUCCAUUUACACUCUGACAUGCAUUUUUUUCCCCUUUAUUUUAAACAUUCAAGUGGUACAACACAAAGCAAGGGGCUUGCAACACAGACCUAAAGAGUGUGAUUUAUUAAUCAACAGAAGAAAGUACAAACUAGAAGUAAGAAAAUUACACUGUGGGACUGAACUUUAAUAGACUUCUGUGAAUGAUUAUUCUCUUUGUCUUAAAACUCAAAGAAUAUUUAUAUUUGUUGCUUUCAAAUAAAGGACAUAUUUUCUUGUUGCUGAAGUUACAUUUUGAAGUAACUAUUUUUGUGCAACCCAGAGUUCAAAAACCAAGUCUCUGUUAUAAAUGAGAGUAAAAACAGCAAAUCCUUAUAGUUAUGAGGCCACCAUUUGGCCUGUUACCAGCCAGUUAUUCCCUGCUCACUUCCAUUUCCUGCCAAAAAGAGCCCAAAAAUAAAUCUUAGAGAAAAUUGUACUGACUUUUGCAUCGAUAAAGUAGUCCUGUGACCUUUUCAUUGAGCGUAUUUAGUUAAUAAUAAUUUGUGACAUUUUAUUUACAAUCACCUUUCUCAACACUCAAGGUCACUUUACAGAUAAAAACAGUACAAUAAAAUGAGAUAAAAACAAACACACAUGGGGCCAAGUUAUUACAAAGUGUAGGCUAUUUGUUAGUUAGUUAGUUAGUUAGUUAGUUAGUUAGUUAGUUAGUUAGUUAGAAUCUACAUUCUGAAUUUAGUUGCAGGUUUUUCUGUAAUUAAGUGUUGUUGAAAAAGUAUAAAUGAAUUAUGAAGAUUAUUUUCAUUUUUGAUAUAGAUGAUGUGAAUCACAUUUUGACCACUAGGUUUUUUUUAGGUGAAUUUGAAUCAGAUUAAUGUUAGUGUUGCUAUCCUUUUCUGUGCAGGGAUGACACUCUUAAGGUUGAUCCCUUUUGUCGUGUAUUGUAAUUAAUUUCAAAUUUAAUGGACUUGAUCUGUCUCGUCUCACCUCAUCCUCUUCUUCCCUCUCAGGGUCUGGAGAGCUGUCUGAAAGGUCCGGAUAAUUACAACAGCCAAGUUUUAAUAGAGGCCACCGUCAUCGCUCUGACCAAGCUGCAGCCUCUACUCAGCAAGGUAAAAAGAAAAUUACUUAAAACCAAAGAUAAGACAAAAUCUGUCUGUUUUAAUGCUGCUGAGUAUCAACAAAGUGAAAAAAUGUUUUUUUUUACUUUCCCCCUUUGGGUUGAUGUUGCUCAGUUGAAUCUGUUUAAUAAUCAGAUGUCUUAAGUGUAGUUUUGUUGUGAUAUGGGGUAUAAAUCUUUGUCAUCCGCCGUGUUUGUAGAUGUUGUUGUGACUGUUCUGAAAGUAAGAAUAAAUAAGAAAGAAGCAUGCAAAGCACAAAAAUGAUCAUCCAUGGUGAAUUAUUAUUUUUAGCUACUCUAGAUUUUUUUCACUCAAACUUGAUCAAGUCGUGCUCUAACAAGCCCCCUGUCUGUUUAUGUGUGUGACUGUGUGUUUGUGUGGGUGUGCAGGAGUCUCCUAUGCACAAAGCUCUUUUCUGGGUGGCAGUAGCUGUGCUGCAGCUGGAUGAAGUGAACCUGUACUCUGCAGGCACUGCACUGCUGGAGCAAAACCUCCACACUCUGGACACCAUGCGUGUUUUCAAUGACAAGGUACAACACAGAUACACACAAAUACUGUUGUUGUCCCAGACGACUCAGGAUGAAAGCACCAUCACUUUAAUUUGAUUUUAUGUAGAGAAAAAAAAUCAACAAAAGUGGGAAAAUAUUUUUUUUUAUUUUCCUUACUUAGUGUUCAGAGGGAGUUCAAUGCAGAACAAAUGUUAUUGUUAAUUCUGACUAAGAGUUCUUCACUGUCAAUGUUAGGCACUCAGGCUCUGGGAUUAAUGUCAUAUGUAAAGUAGAUAGAUAUACAUAAAUAAAUCCUUGAUACUUAUAACGAACAAACAAACAAAGGAAACAGAAAUUCUGCGUUCCCUUGAUUCAAGUACCCCAAUAACUUCACAUCAAUGUAAGAGAAACCUGAAUUGUUAGUUGUAAAUAAAACACAAAAUUAAAUACAUUAUGGAUAAUUUCGAAGUUGAGAUGGUUGAUUGAAAAAACAAAAGGUAGAUUUUGAUCAGCAACUAAAGCGAUCGUCCUCCUCUUCUGCCUGUUGCAGAGUCCAGAGGAGGUGUUCAUGGAGAUCAGGCGUCCUUUAGAGUGGCACUGUAAGCAGAUGGAUCACUUUGUGGGCCUCAACUUCAGCGCCAACUUCAACUUUGCUCUGGUGGGGCAUCUGCUCAAAGGUAAGAGAUUAAUGUGCAUGUGCAUAGUUCAGUCCUGCUGUAACAGGAAGUUUGGGUGAUGACUUUUCUGUGUAGAUAAAUGCAGAAGUUUUACUGUGUGUUUCUAUGCCCACAGGUUACAGACACCCUUCGGCCACCACAGUAGCGAGGACGGUGAGGAUCUUGCACACUCUGCUGGCUCUCAUCAGCAAACAUCUCAAGUGUGACAAGUUUGAGGUCAACACACACAGUGUGGCAUACUUGGCAGGUAAGAAACAGACUCUUUUACUGAAUCUGAAUAAAAGCUUUAAAAAAAAAAGAGGAUUUUUAGGCAGAGUGAUUUUUACUGGGCCUCAGUGCUACUGAAAUUUUAUUUACUUUGUGAUCAAAUGAAAAGGUCAGCACCUCAUGCAAGAAAGAGACAGUCGAGCAUGGGAUGUUCAAUUGUUACACAUGAAUUUGUCGUUAUAACAGACGUUUAAAUUACCACAGUAAAGAGGGAAGAAAAGACUCAGAAAACCAUUAAAACUGAGCACGAUUUAUUUUACAUACUGCCAAAUCAGGCUAGAAGAUACCAUCUGCUCUCUGUUGUCUAUGUUUGUUUAUAUCAGAGUAGAGCACUAUAGCAUCAUGGCAGUGGCCCCAGCUAGUGGUGGGUGGAUAUGCCACGAUUUAGUCACAACAUAUGGCUGGCAUUUGGGGCCUUCAGGGGUGAAAUAUUAGUGAUUAUUUAAACAGUCUAACAGUUCUGGUGCUGACGAUAAAUAAUUUAGUUCAUAUACACAAACAUGCACAUCCCUGGUCCCACACACUGCAGCAGACUCACCAGAAGUGACUUUUUGGAUGAGUGGAUUUGGUGUGGAGUGGUCAAGUGGUCUACACACACACACCGUCUCUCUCAUUGUUUCCUGCUCUGUCCAAUGUCCUGUCCUCUUCAAAUACAGACAGACAAAAUAGACAGGAAAUACAUCUUGGCAAUAUCCUGUCUUGCAUUUCAGGUCUGUUUGACUCUAAAUGGGGUCAUAAUUUAAAAAGAAAAAAAAAAGACAUGUUGUAGACUUGAAAACUAGAUAUUGGAACUGGAAAUUUUUAAGGAAUAAGUUUCCCAAAGAACAAAUCCACUGAAAAUUAGCACCAUUCCCAAUAGUCAUCUGUGUGAUCAGACUUGUGUCAUCAAGCAGUCAAGUUUCAGACAUUUUUGCUUCUGCUUGAACCUCUUAAAUACAGUCAAUGCUUUUUUCUGCACCACAGAAAUAUCGACAGAAACGGGAGGGAGCUACCUUUUCUGCAGCCAACAAUCAGCUCAAGAUGCAUGUUAGAGAGUCAAGAUUCAGGGUUCAUCAGUGUAACAUUUACCAGUGCCUGACUUACAGCAUCAGUGUUUUUCUGUUUUAGAAUAACCUCAUGGUUUCUUGUCUGUCCUUUUGUGGUGAUGAAUUUGUCUGAUGUGGACUGGCCGUUGUUAAUCCUCCUCUCCUCUCGUCUUCACAUUCAGCUCUGCUCACGGUGUCAGAGGAGGUCCGGAGUCGAUGCAGCCUCAAACACAGGAAGUCUUUGCUGAUCUCUGACUUGUCUAUGGACCCAGUGCCCAUGGACACAUACUCAAGUCACAUCACUGAUCCCAGCUGCAGGUAAAGCUGUCUGUGCUCUUUACAUAGAGUACAAACUAGGUGUUGGUAUAAUGGAGAGUUGCACAAGAAAGGGGUCUCCACCUUUUCCUCAUUUUAUGAUUCUGUGCUGGAAAAAAUCUAACAGAUGUUUCAAAUCCAACUUUGAAAUUAGUUGGAUUUUUAAAAACUUUCUCAUAGUUUCUUUCUCUCUGUCCUCUGUAUAGUCAAUGUUUUAUGUCAGUUUUAACAUUAGAGACCAGUUCCCUGUUGUGCACCACACUUAUUAGCUCACAUAUCCUGGCUUUAUUUGAUAUUAACAGAUUACUUUCUUUUAUAUUUGUGAACAUGAAGUCAGUCUAAGUUUUGAAUCCAAUGGUUUGAAAAAGUCUUAAAUUAGUUGCAAGAACUUGUGAUAUCUGAUCUUUGACCCCCUUUCAGGACUCUGCGAGAGACUCAGCCGUGGACAUCCCCUCAGGUUUCAGAGCGUUACCUGUCCGCCCAUCACUACCCUACUGUGGGUCAGAUCAGCCCACGCACACGCAAGUCCAUGAGCCUGGACAUGGGACAACCAUCACAGGCCAACACCAAGAAGCUCCUCGGUACGACUCUAUGAUGUUUCAGUUCAUUCAGAGGAGAAAUCAUCUGUAAAAUGCACAUUUUAAACUUUUGAUUUUUGCUUCUCAGGUACCAGGAAGAGCUUCGAUCACCUCAUUUCAGAUUCUAAAGCACCAAAGAGACCAGAGAUGGAGUCUGGUAUGACCACACCUCCAAAGAUGAGGCGUGUUGCAGAGAAUGACUAUGAGAUCGGUGAGAAUGCAAAACAACCUUAGUUUUUCCUCACAAAACAUAUCUUCAAAUACACACUGUAACUUCAAUUCUCCUUUUUUUCCAAUCGCAGAGACUCAGAGAAUCGGGAACUCUCACCUACGUAAGGUGUCAGUGUCAGAGUCUAAUGUUCUGCUGGAUGAGGAGGUUCUGACUGACCCCAAGAUCCAGGCUUUGCUGCUCACUGUGCUGGUGAGGAAAAAAAAAACACAGCAGAAAACGGAUUAUAGACAUAAAGCAGCAUUAUUUUAUGUUUUCAAGUUACUGACUGUGCUCGUUUUCAGGCCACACAGGUCAAAUACACUACAGACGACUUUGACCAGAGGAUUCUGUACGAGUACUUGGCUGAAGCCAGCGUUGUCUUCCCAAAGGUUUUCCCUGUAGUGUAAGUACAUACAUUUCUGAUAACUUCAUGUUUGUGUUUCUGGGGUAAUAUGAACACCAGAUUAACAAUGAGGUGUCAAUAGAGUUCAUGAUUUUCAAAAUCAUUUUGAAGCAUGUAGAGCAGAAAGGGAAACAGCUUUUAGAGAGAGAGAGAGAGAGAGAGAGAGAGAGAGAGCAGGAUCCUGUUGUCACUCAUUUCUUUAAAAAAAAAAGAAAAACACUUGAUUCAAAAGUCCUGAAUCAGCAGGAUUACUGAGUCAAGGACAAGUAGUUCUGCUACAAAUGUUUUUUGUAUUCAGUCACAUGCAUUUGUGUUUCAAUGAGACGAUACAAUUUGAACAUGGAGAAAAUGGAGCAAAAAACUGCAGUCAGUAACUCUUUGAGAACUCGUGUCCUUGGCAUAGGAUAUACAGUUUUCAGUUUCAGUAUACCAAACAACAUCGCAGUCGUUCAACAGGUGAGAAGUAAUGACUAGUGAACAGGUGGUAAUGAGAACUAGAAUCCAGACAGAGUGAGCAGGACCUUAACAUAAACCAUAGAGGACAUGUCGUUUAUAAUUUAUCCUUUCCUACAAAUAAAAACAUUAACAAGUUGACACAAAAUGUUGAUUUAAAGAUGAUUUUUCUUGGGCACUAAUGGCCUAAUGACCUAAGGACCCAGCUUAUGAGGCUAUAGUCCUCUUCACAGAGGUCGCUGGUUCAAUUCCCAACACAACCUUUAGUUGCAUAUGUCUUACCCCACUCUGUAUUCCCCACAUUUCCUGUCUGUCUUCAGCUGUCUCUCUUUUUAUCUUAUAAAGGGAAAAAUAUGCCCACAAAUAUAACUUAAAUAAAUAAAUAAAAUUUCAAUUCACACUCAAUUCAAAACAUUGACCAGCCUGUUUAUUUUAAUUCACAUUAAACUUAAACUUAUAAAACAUUUUUGUUGGUGAUAUUUUGAGACAAGGUAAAUGAGGAUUUUGCAGGAAUAUUUGUGAAUAUAUUUCUUUCCUCAUUCAACUCUCUCCCCUCUCCGAGUUUCAACAUUGUCACACUAUUAACUGAGACGGAAAUCACCAUGUUUAAGAUUGUUGCUGUCAUCACCUCCUCUCAUGAUUUGAGUUACUCUGUAGCAAUUGGAAACUUAAGAGAUACACUCAACAGCUCUGCUGUCGAUGCUUCAAUUGCAGGAUAGGGUGUGUCCCCACACCUCUUUUUUCACAUCUAUGCCCAAUAACUGUCAUGAUUUCCUGACUAUUGAGUGCCAAGAACUUGUAUAGGAAAGUUUAAGAAAACAGACACGAAACACAUUUCUUUUUGCAGCACUGAAUAGAAGUAUGUCUCAUCUAUUUUAAUUUUAUUCUGAGUGUGCAAAUUUGAGAAACCAAAUAUGAGUUAUGUUAUGUUCAAGGCUGUGGUAUUACGACCUCUUACACCUUCUUAGGUUGCUGCAUCGACUCUAAGACAAACCUCAAGUUGCUAACACUUGCGAGAGUAAAAAUACUGACACAACAGGUGAACGUCUAAACUUAAUUUAAACCACAGACAGUCUGAGUGACAGCAGAGCCUCACUUACACACUCUCAACAUCACCUGUUAAUGUGUGUGUUUUCUCUUCUGCAGCCACAACCUCCUGGACUCAAAGAUCAACACUGUGCUGUCCAUGUGUCAGGACACCAAUCUGCUGAACCCGGUGCACGGCAUCGUGCAGAGUGUGGUGUACCACGAAGAGUCGCCCCCUCAGUACCAGCCCUCCUAUCUGCAGAGUAAUGCACCUAUCCGCUAGCUUACACAGGAGCAGAUUUAUAAAACAUUUCAGAUCUUUGUGCUUUUCUUAGUAAGCAUUUUCACCCUGCCUCCCCUCUCUCCCCUGUCUCCCCCCUCCCCUUCAUUUCACAGGCUUUGGCUUUAAUGGGCUCUGGAGGUUUGCCGGACCUUUCUCUAAGGUAUGACUGAUCUCCGCUCCCGUCAGUUUUUCAUUCUGUGUGAGACUCUCCUGGCUGCAGCGCGGGGGAAUAUUCAGCUUACUAAGCAAUUACAUGACAGCUGUGAAACCAGCCUGCCAAUUGGUGCAGUGAUAUAUGAAGCAUAAAACACACGCACACACAAACACACACGUAGAGCAGCAGGAGAGAGAUUGUAGAUCAUUUUUAUUAGAGUUUUCAGAUAAUACCGAAUCUAACUGCUGAAGAAUUACAGUAAAAACCUUCCUGUGACGGAUGCAGGCAGCACAGCCAUGCAUUGUAUGUUUUGGUUGUUUCCUGCAAUCAAUAUUUCAAACACUUUAAUAUGUUAUUGAAAUACUCGGACAACUCUCUGCUGCUACUGCAGUGCUUGGAAUAACUACCAAAUUAUACCCUAACUCCCUCAAAGCAUAUAAGACCUCACACAUUAUUUGGCAUAAGGAAAAUGUGUUACUCUACACAUCCGAGCCCUGACCUCCGCUCUAAAGCUGUGUUUCCAUCAAGUGGUUUGGUUCAGUUCAGUACAGUUUGCAAAUAUUUGUGUUUCCAUCAACGUGAUAUUAUUUAAUAAUAGAUAUUACUUACCUGCAGGCAACAUGACAAAUAUGAACUUUUCUCCCAUGAAAAUUCAGCUUAAGUCCAGAUAAAAAGCUGUGCAGGUCACUUCUUUUGGGCUGUCCCAGCAUUGUGUGAGAGCAGGAUUUUACAUGUUUUUUACAUGUUGUGCCUGUCGUGUUUCUGCAGCACAGUGAUUCAAUGUCUUACACUGGGUCACUUGUAUUACAUUCCUGUAGAGUUCAUUGUCUUAGUAGCACAAAGGUGUGGUGAUGGCAGAACUGUGUAGCAGGGCUGUUUCAUUAUUACUAUUUGUAAAAGGUCAUUAUAGCAUGUCUCAUUACAGUUUUAAUUUAAUAUUUUGUUUUCGUUAAUUUGAGGUAAUCCUUGGGCCUGUCUGAAGGCGUGCAGUUUAGGACAGGCCCAAAACAUGUGGUUAUGAUUUACUUCCUUGGAGUCAGAAUUCCUGUAGAAGCUGGUAAAGCCUGACUGGUGAGACAUCGAAACACGUGCAAUCAAAUACUAAUUAUGACUCCUCUAAGUGAGUAAUAUUCCAUCAGCUGAGUCUGUUAUUUCCCUUUGAGGUUGACAGAAGUUUGUCAAUAAAAAGGUGGCGUGUUCUAAAGGAAAGGUUUUGAGGUGCAGCGAGAAGGAUCUAGAAGAAUCCAACAGAACAGACUUGGUAAAAAUGGAAUGAAAUAUCCAUUAGUAUGUUAAAGUGAGUCUACAUCACCUGGGAAAAAGAAAAACAUCUUGUUUUUGACAGCUUAGAAUGAGACUUUGAUAUUUAUAAAGGAGCGGGUCCCUUUCCACUGAGGCUGCCAUCUUACACCCCUCAUAUUUCUGACAAGCCAAGAUAUACAGAAUUGAUGUUUCUUCACUCUGGAUUGUUUUCUUGCUUUUUUUAUAUAAAUUUUGUAAAUAUAAAGUCUGAUUUUAGUCUUUUUUUAUUGUUAUAUGACAGAUUUUUGAUUUAUAAUUAAUUGUGAAAGAAGAAUCCUGAUAAAAUUGUACUUUUGAAAACAUUCAAGAAAAAAAAAAAUCCCUUAGGUAAAAUAUCAUUAUGGGCUCUGUAGAAAUAUUUCACAUGAAUCAAAUCUUCCACUUGAACAGAAUGUGGUAAACUCUGUUCAGAUGGAUUAUUGAGUUAAGGAAGUAUCCCCCAAUGUGACAUUCUUUAUCCCUCAUGUUCUCUCUCAGCAAACUCAGAUCCCCGACUACGCCGAGCUGAUCGUGAAGUUCCUGGAGGCGUUGAUUGACAGCUACCUGCCGGCAGCUGACGAGGAGCGAGGGGAGGAGCAGCUGAGGACCCCCACCUCCCCCUACCCCCCCAGCUCCCAGAGCCAGCUCAGCAUCACUGCCAACCUCAACCUGUCCAACUCCAUGACCUCACUGGCCACCUCGCAGCACUCGCCAGGUUUCAAACACACUUAAACACACGUUGAGGCACACACACACACACACACACCUAGACUGAUUGAUGUAGUCUGAAACUCUGUAGCUGAUUCCCGUCACGCUGUAGGACAAUAUUUGGCCGAUGAGGGGUGUAGUACUGUUGCUUAUCUGCGACAAGUGCAUUAUGUUUUUCCCAAUGCACGUCAGUGACAAAGCCACAACUUGCGACCGGAUGAUUUCAGUUUAAUAUUUGAUGUUGUUUGUUGAUCGUUUUUUGCAGCUGUUAAUUUUAAUGCUUCUGAUUCAAAAUCACAGUUCAGCCCGGUCUGGAGACAUGCUUAGAGCAUAUUGAGUAAGAGGUUUCACAGUUUCGAUUAGUUGAAUAAUGAAGUUGCGUCUUUGGGUGGAGGUGUGUUAGGAGGAGGUGUAGGUGUGUGGUGCAUGAGCCAGGAGUAUCUUAAUCAUUGCACGAGUGAUUAGAGAUCACUGCUCAUCACCGGAUUAUUUUAGUGGAGUUAAUUUUCAGGUGAAACUGUCCUUUCAGGAGGAGGAGCUGUGGCAGCUCUAGGAGUCUUAUUAAAUUAGUGUAAACUGUCAUGUGUUGAUAUGGAGGACCUGAGUUCCUGUCACAUAUUUAUCACUGAAAAGCUCCUGGGAUUUCCAUGUGAAAACACAAAGUCUUAAUUCAUUAAACAGGACAUUACAGUGACUUUUCAUCUGGACUUUCAUGCAUUUGUUUCACUUCUGUGUUAAUUUUGUAAAUGAGACCUGAGUGAACAGGAAUGAACUUGAAAAAUGUUUUCAAACCCUUCAACUGCAAACACAGACCCGUGUUUUUGACACUGUCUGAGAGAAAUGUUAGUAUUUGACAAAGAAACAUAAUCUGUGUUUGGUUGUUGUGACUAAAUUUUACUUUUAUUCAUCAAAUAAAAUAAUUAAGCUGCACUAUUUCUUAUAUUUUAGCUACUGCAGCAGACAAAAAAGGAAACUGAAAUCAUACGGCUGAGAGUCUGAACAAAACAGACACAAAAAGCUCUUUCAAAAUGAAGUGCUUUUUUGUUGAGAUAGUGAUCACCCUCUAUGCUCCUACAGCAGUUUCAGUCCCAGUUUGAGACCGUGAACCACCAGUUUGAGAACAGUUCAGUCUGACGAGUUCUCUGUGCAGAUUUUAGAUGAUUAUAAUUCAUGUGCAGCUUUUUCAGAUGUCUUUUUAACCUUCUUUGUUAUGUGUUGUGUCUCUCUCUGCAGGUGUGGAUAAGGAGAACGUCCAGCUCUCCCCCAGUUCUGCUCUGUCCACCGGGGGGCGCACUCGCCACGGCUCGGCCAGUCAGGUUCAAAAGCAGCGCAGUGCCGGCAGCUUCAAGAGACCCAGCAUCAAGAAGAUCGUCUGAACAUCUGGUGAAAACCUGGACCACCCUCCUCUUCCUCCUCCUGUUCAGCUCUCCCCCAGCCUGCCAGGCCUUAUGCUGCACUUCACCUUCUUAUUUCUUCUUCUCCUUCUAUAUCUCUCCCCCCUGUCUCCUUCCUCUUCUUUCUCUUCUUCUUCUUCUUCAAGGUUGAUGCUCUGGCAGGAGCGAUUUUGCAUCGAGGAGGAAUAUCCCAAAGGGCAGACCUGAAUUUUGUGCUGCUUUGCUUUGAGUUGGCACAUGUGGUCUAGGAGUUCUUCUUCUGUGGUGUCUGGAGGUCAUGUGUGAGCUCGUCUCCAGUUGCUGGAUGACGAAGGCCACUCUGACAAACACAAACAGUCCGGUAAUGGAGAAUCUUUGGCUGAAAAACUGUCUUACGUCCCUCAGCCUUCCUUAACACUCCUGUGACAGAUGGCAGAAUAGGGGGGCGGGGCCUCUUGGACACGUGAGCCCCUCCCCCUCGACCCUGUACAUGUUUUACAUAGACAGAUUAUGUAUAACUAGUCCUUAGUGCUGAUUUGAUGUUGCCGUUCUCUCCAUGGUGUGCCUUUGUCAGGGUUUUUCAAUGUGUACGAUUUGUAAAGGUAAACCUUGCCGGGGAUGAAGAACAGGUACUAAUUAUGGAGGUGAGCUGUUCAUAUCACCAUGAGUCCGACACGAGCUGCCUCGCCCGCGGCCUCCAAUGAUCGUCAGAUAUACAAUCAUCCAUAUACCCUGAUGCCUGAGAGUAUUUAUCCUGUACAGCUAGAUAGAGCCUCACUUCUUCUUCUUUUCAAACACUCUAAUGUGUCCAUGCGCAGAACACGAGGGGAAACGCAGCAACAGUGUAAAUAGCUCCACGCUCUCUUUCUUUCUCCGUUUGUUCCUGUGUUUUUGGCUUUUAUUUCUUUCUCUUUUUAUUUAUCUAUCAAUCUGUGCGUUUUAAUUUGUUCACACAGCGACAGAAAAAAGUGUGAAAUAGGCAAUAAUCCUCAACUCACUGAUUUAUCCCGUCAGCCAUUGAUUUUAUUCCUGCAGAACCAUCUGCAGCUCUGUCAACUUGGUGCAAAACAAUGACUCGGUAGAUUCAGCUCUUAUCGAUCACAUCCGGUGAUUAUCUGCAGACAGGAAGGGGCACAAAUCUUCAGCUGUUCACCUCCACAGUCUGAGCUGCAGUCAUAACCCUCAUGGGUCUCUUAAAGGAAAAGUCCACCCUGAAGAAACAGGUUUUGCUGGUUAGAAAUCCUUUUUGCAUUAAAUUGUCGCGUAUUAAACAAAUAAAAUAAGAGAUCAAACUCUUCUCUAAGCAAUUUGCGAAACAGAAUAAUUUUUCCCAAAGCAUCAAAAUGUAAGUAAACAAAAAACUUUUGUUUCCUGGAGUGAGACAAAAAGUUCAAACCUGGUAGAUCAAUUGCCAAAUACACAUCUCUGUAAGCUGCAUCUUUGGCCACAAAAUGGAGAUUUAGUUUCUGUCAUUUUCACUGUUCUCUGGUUUUCCAGAAGAAAAGAAAAUAUCAUUUUUUUCCAAGGAUUCAACUCAAACAGAAAGUUCUGCUUAGCAAGUGAAAAAAAAAGUGAGAAAGUGACAGUGAGUUUCAAAAUGAUCCAGCUACUAAACCCAAAAUCCAAAAUAUUUCAGAUCCAGACUGCAACACUUUUAGCCCAAAAAUGAAAAAGUUAAAACCUUUAUUGUCUCAACACACAUGGCUUAAUACUUUAUUUUUACAUACUGCUAAUGCUGAACCCUAACCUUAGACGAGUCAGACUUCAUGAACAGCACAGGAUACCUUAAACAAAAAUACUAGCCUUAUUCUCUGUGCCACCUCAUCCCAACUAGCACUGAGUCAGCUUAAUGGAAUGAAAUCAAUUGAAGUUAGGGAAAUAUUAGUCUAAACAUCAGUACUGUUAAUUCCCCAGGAUCAUCAUAAUCUUGAAAAAGCUGACACAGAUCGAUCGCACACCUCAGCUGAUGAAUACAAAAUGGUGGAUUUUUCCUUUAAAAGCUUUGAUUUUAGAAUUACUGUCGAUAAUCGAUGUGUAAAACAAACCUGAGCAGAUCUGGAAGCAGCAGAUUCUUUACACCAAAGCUCUGCUCUAAAGGCCACUUUUCCCAGCAUACUGCAGAGUUUGAGGAGGUGGAGUGUUUUAACCUUUCAGGCAGCUGUGGCCUUACACUUCUGUUGAAAGUCUUCACAAAAUAAGCGUGCACAGAUGAUUCACGAGAAACAAGGGUGCGUGAGUGACACUAUUAUUAGAGGCACAAUAAAAUCUGUGUCGUUGUCACUCAAAGGAAUGAAAUAAUGAUGCCAUCUUAAAGUUUAUUGAUCGAUUGAUUAUUUUAUAUUAACUUUCUCAAUCACAGUGUUUCUGUGUAAUCUGCAUUAAAGCGGUCACUGCAGUAUUGACAAAAGAUGACAGCUUCCUGUUUGAAAGCCUGAAGGUUAAAGACACACUGACAGACGUCAAACUCUCAGGUUUGCUGUGAGAACAGUCACCAAGUCGAUCAGUAGCUGCGAAUGGUCUCAUGGAGGAUUGUUUCUCAUCUAAAGCUUCUUUCCUGCCUUAACAUCUAUGCAUGGUAAGAGUUGGGCUGUACAACUCUUUCAUAUUCCUCACAGUUUGAAGAGUUUAUGACACCUUCUGGAAAAUCUGUGAAUUAGUUCUGAUGUUUUUUGUUUUUUGAUUUUGUGGCUUCAUCCAGUCAACACACACCGUGACAAGAUAAAUUCCACAGAAAGGGACAUCAUAAGUGACAUUUUAAGGAACCGACUUCUGUAAUUCAGCCACAAAGAUUGACUUAAAGGGAAGGUUGAUUAUCAGAUUAACAACGGGUUGAAGAAAAACACACUUUUUUUUAUUUGCUUGUCUCAAUCCAGAACCAGAUCUGGGUGUGAUUCUUGUGUUGCUGGAAAGCUUAAACAUCAUUUAGGGUUAACAGAAAGAUCUUUUAAUGAAUCGCUUCAAUUAAUAAUAGUCUGCAGAAUCUCACUAAGAUGAUGGUGAUACUUUCAUGUCUCCCUGAAUCUGCAGAAAAAGCUGUGCUACAUGCCUUUCGGUCUAUUCACUUUGUUUUGGUAGGUGUGUAAAACCCUGUCCUAUAAACACAACAGGAUGUUAAACAAUUCCCCGUUUCUGUUGCUGUGCAAAGCUUUAUUGAACAACUCUUUUGUUAAGUGCAAUCAUUUUCAAGUUUUCUGCCUUGAAAAAGUAACAAUGGUUUCAGUCAAAGCUGUUCCAGAUAAGUCCAAUAAGCUCUUGAUUUGAAGCAGCCAUGCUCGUCAACAAGUCAAAGACACCUGUCACUGUUUUUGUUAAGUUUGUGCAUCACAGGAUUUCACUCAAUCAGUGGCUACACUUAAAAAAAAAACAUUGGAGUAAAAAAGACAGAACAUGCCGUUAUACAAUUUUUCUGCUCUGAUUUGAUUUCCUUAGCCUAAAGAAACCACAUGCAAACAAACACUGCAUGAAGUUCAACACUAACAGGUUGGCUUCUUCAGAGGGAACAAAAAACCUGAAUCAGCUGGAGUAGAUUUAAAAAAGUGUCUCUAAAUGGACCUCUAAACCCUUUUUUAAACAUCUGCAAACACCUUUUGUUUGGUUUUCACGUUUGCCAAAUCUCUUACCAAAUAAAAAAAAAAAGGCUAAAUUUAGUCAUGCUCCUCAUCAAGUAAAACCAGGAGUGUGAUAGACUGUGAUCUCUGUUUUGUUGGACUGAAAACACCCUCGAUGAAUCACCUUUCACAAAGCAUAGGAUUGCUGGUUGGUUUGCUUUUUGAAGGUAUGGAAAACAAUCAGAGCUAUUACAAUUUCACCUUCAAAAAGGGAGUUCAAUUCAUCAAUAUUUCUGUUUAACUGUCAUUUCUCUUUUUUUUUUUGUGGUCGGGCUGAGCAACGCCUUCGGUGAAUCACUGUGUACAGUGCAUAUGAUAACUUGUUUGUCUGCUUUGGAGAGUCUUAGAAAAUAAGCAAUUAGAGCUCCACUAAUUACAAAUUGCCCUAAUACCACUGGGGAGUUUACUGAGGCCUUUGUGUUAUCCAAAUAGCAAACAAAUCAUGGUUAUGUCUGCUUCUCCAAACUGUCACUUUAAUUUCUUACUUCACGUGUAAAUAGUUUGAUCCUGGUUUCAGAGUCAAGCAUGAAGUGAUCACCUUUUAGUCUCAUUUCGUGACAAACAUGCGGGAUGUUUAGGUUGAUAAAAAAAAAAAAUCACAUAAGGGUACAUGAAUUUACAAGUCUCAUUGUCUCUGUUCACCACUUUUCAUUGACUGUCCUCAAAGCUGCACUCCCUGAUCAUCCCCGUAAGCAUCUACAAACCCUGAACCCCAGAGUUAGACCGUUCACCUGGAACAAAACACUACCAGGAAAACCAUCUGUAGACAUGAAGUAUCUUAGCACCGUGUUUGCAGAUCGCCAUUGUUUCCAGGUUUUUAGUUUGACUUGUGUGUGAAUGGAAAUAAUAAGGAUGAUGUAUCCAUAACCUCUUAAACAAGUGGUUGACUUGCACUAAUUUAAAAACAGUCAUGGGUUUGUAAAGAUGAAAAACCUCAUAAUGUGGCAUGUUUUAUUUGAUGUUAUGCAAAAUCCAACGUCUGUAGAGUAAUAGUCCUGAGUUUUGUUUUUAAUGCAGUAUGUGUGACAAUUGUAAAUACUUUGUGUACAAUUUGAGAUGGUAUAUUUACUACACUGUACAUACAUGUGAUAUUGUAUCAUUUUGUUUUUGUAAAGCAGUUAGUUUCUGUAUAAUAAUAUACAAAUUGAACUAUUCCAGUGUUAGUAAUAAAAUGUUUUGCUCUCCACUA